AUGAGUCACAUACAGAAGGAUGUCCCGCUUUCUCCCGUGAGGAUCUCUUACCGGGCAUUUUCUCAUGUCACCCCACAUCCUCCAGUACUUACUAUGGAUUCAGUGCCAGAGGACAGCCAUAUGCCAUCUAGGAAAUAUCCAGUUAUCAAACAGAGGGGAUUCUAUUCUGAUAUCCUGUCCCACAGUUCAUUUCCACUUCUUAAAGUGAGUCUAAAUUUCACUCUGUUUAACUUUCUCUUUAAUGCUCGCUGAAAUAUUUACUCUCAAUUACCUUCUCUGCUCACUGACACUAGUUAAUACUCAAUAAAUACUGGUUUAUUCUUCCUUUCACCCUCAAUAUACUUCAUUUAUUCUACAUUAUCUGAUAACAAGUGCAUAUUUUCAGUAGAAUAUAAUUUUAUUAUCCAAUUCAACCAGACAUCAAUUAAAGCUGAAAGAGCCCAAGCAACACAUCUCAUAAAGUUAUACACUUGCAUCACAAAUGAUCAUUUUCUGUUAAUCUCUCUUAUAAUGGCUAUUAAUUAGCACACUCACUUCUUCUUUGACAUCAUUUAACCUGCUAAAAAAAUUCCCAAACCCAUAUUUUGUCUAAUCAUUACACGUUACUAACUUUGCACUCUUUAUAUGAUUUGUAUUCCCUAAUGUACAUUUUAGGAUGUAAGUGCUGGACCCAAUGUGCAGCCAAAUCUUCUCAGACAAGCAGACUUAGAGCGUAAUACACCCAAAGGUAAGCAUAUCUUUUGUGGAAUCUCACAAACUCAGCAUGAUGUAAACCAAGCUUUAGAGAAUAGUAAUCUUCAAACCAUUGUUCUGUUAUACUUGUAUCUUCCACCAGUAUCCAUCUAAUCAGCAUUUGUACACGUUUUAGGAAUAGAGCCUGUCAAAGUUAUAGCCCUGGAAUAACAAAUAUACUAAUUCUAACUUUGAUUAUGUGUUCUCUACAGUCACAAGUUUCAAAGUUCCACAGAAUCUUCAGUCUUACCUAGACAAACAAGUAUCUGGUCCCACCACUGAGCUGUUGGUGAAAUCUGACUUUUCAAAGAGUAGUUACCAGCCGAAAGUUCAACUUCCUUUCCUUCUGCCACCGGGGAAGUGUCCUCGGAGGAUUGAGCUAGAGAGGUGAGAUAUGCUCAUCACCUUGAGAAAGUGAUAGCUUUCUGAUAAUACAUAACUGGAUCUGUGCUUAUGUUUUGAAAAAAACACAUAUUGUGUCUCACCACGGCUAACCUAGUGUACACAGGAAUAGGAAUGGCAAUCAGAAUUUAACAGAAAUGAUAGUAUGCAUUAGAGUUUUGGAUUUAUUCAUGUUCCAUUGUAUUUCUUGUUUUAAAUCUUAGGAGAAGACGUCAGUAUUUGAAGCUUAACAUAACUCAGCUGUUAACUAAUGAAGAAAUAGACUCCAACCAGUUAAUGCCUCGUCACACAGAUGCUAACAAUCUGCCUAAUAUUGGGCAGAACAAUGGUGAAGUUCUUCCCACCUACUUAGCUUUGGAGGUAAAGUAUACUGUAUUAACUAACUUCUUCUGAAAGUUUGUAUUGGUGGUCAGUACUCAUAGAACCUUAAAGGGACACUCCAGGCACCCAGACCACUUAUGCCCAUUGAAGUGGUCUGGGUGCCAACUCACACUACUCUUAACCCUGCAAGUGUAAUUAUUGCAGUUUUUUAUAAACUGCAAUAAUUACCUUGCAGGGUUAACUCCACCUCUAGUGGCUAUCUACUAGACAGCGACUAGAGGGCACUUCCUGGAUCAUAGCACAGAUUAUCUGUGCUAGAGCAUCGCUGGACGUCCUCACGCUGUGUGAGGACCUCCAGCGUCGCUCAUUUUCCCCAUAAGAAAGCAUUGAAAUGCAUUUUCAAUGCUUUCCUAUGGGGAGCGCUAAUGCGCGCCGCGCAUGCGCAUUAGGUCUCCCAGGCCGGUGGGCGGGAUCAGUCUCGCCCACCGGCCGACGCAAUGCAGAGGAGGAGCGGCGGCGGAGGAGGAAGCAGCGACGUGGGACAUCUUCGCCGCUUCAGGUAAGUUACUGAAGGGGUUUUCACCCCUUCAGCAAACGGGGAUUGGGGGGUGGGAGGGAGAGGGGACCUGCAGUGCCAAGAAAACGGAUUGGCACUGGAGUUUCCCUUUAACAAAUUCACAUACCUAUUUUUAUAACAAAGUGGAAAAGCUAAUUAAAACAUUAUAUCUCAUUAUUUCAUUGACUCAAGCAAUACAUGCUCUGUGAAAUUCCAAUUAUAAAUUACAUUUUUGUUGUUGUUGUUUUUUUACCACCAGAUCUUUGACGAUGAAGAGUUUGAUAUUCACACAUGGUCUGAUUGGCUAAAUAUGGGAUAUGAAGAUGGGUCUAAUGAAAGGAAACCUAUACCAGGCCAUGCUCUUCUACCUUUGGAUGACGCACUGGGGCAUGGUAAACUCUUAUGCAAUUAAUUCAUACCAGUGACCAAUAUUUAAAAAGAACAAUCGUCUUGUGUAUUUUUGUGUGGCACUUUCACUUUUUUUACAUAAUAUAAAUCAGUUUUAAACUGGUUCCCAACAUAUUCCUGUAAUUUUCUUCUAAUCAAGUAGCAAUAAGUUUAGUUGUAUUGAUGACAAAUAAUACAUUCUUAGUGGAAGAUGCUGAUUUGGAAAAACAAAAGCCUCCUUUAAUCAUGUGAUUUCUGUAGCCAAUGAGAACCUGAGUUUUCAAAAAUUGAGCAGAUAAUCUCCCCAUGUUCCACAGUGGUAGCAAUGGUUGUUUCACCUUUCAGAUGAUGCUGAAUACCUUUUUUGUGUCCAAAUGAAAACCCAAUUAGCUAAAUAUAUUAAUGUAUUAUUAUUACAGAAUUAUUUGGCAGUUAAUCAAUAAUAAAAAAUUGUCUGCUAAAACACCCAGGUGCACAAACAUAACUUGCUUGCACCUACAUACGUCUUUUUAUUGCUUUUAUAUUAGAAGAUCCAAAAAAUCCACAGAUAGUGUAUGAAUGGUGCAGUGUCGGUGUUCUGAAUUAUGAUGAGAAGAAGAAGCUGUACCUUGUACACAAGACAAAGGACAACAUCCUCAUGAAAACGUCUAAACUCCAUAUAAACCAUGUCUCAGGUAAAGUAACAGCCUCAGAAAAUUGUCCUAUUCCACUUGUCCAGCAAUAAUUCCUUUUAACAUUGUCAGCCAUUUUUGUACAAAUUUGGUUUUUGACAAGUGAAGCUUGUUGAUAAAUCUUAAAUUAGUCUGGGGUCUUUAUGAAUAUUCUAUAUUAGGACAUCAGGGCCCAUAAGGUGCGCAGUCUCCUGGGCCGUUUGUAAAAUAGCGUACAGAAGAUGCCCAGUCCUGGGCCUUAAGGCCUCAUGAUUUAGGAUCAAUAGAGCCCUGGAGGUGCACAAUCUCCUGGACCUGUAAAGGUAACCCUUCAAGUGGCUAGGGGAGCCCAAGCCACUCACCCAAAAUAAUUCCCUCCCUACCCAAUCACUGUAGUAGAUCAGUAGUGUUUUGAUAGGAGUCAAGGUUACUGUUCAGGGGUUGCAUGACUACAUGGGAGAUAGCUGAACUGUGCUAUGAGUUUAAAGGUCUGGAUUAGAUAUCAGAUUACUGUUAUAAGGGAAUCAAUAGAAAAGAAAGGAAUGUAGCUUUGAUUCCUAACUUGUUUUUUUGGAACCAAAAAUGUAAGGCAAUAAUUUGACGACUAGUUAAUUAAUUUAAAAGUUAGCUUUGUGACAUAUUCUUUAAGUAUGAAGUAAUUAACAUUAACCCCUUGAGGACACAUGACAUGUGUGACAUGUCAUGAUUCCCUUUUAUUCCAGAAGCUUGGUCCUUAAGGGGUUAAAGCAAUUCUUACUGCACUGGGGAGGACAAUGACCGUCAACAGUUUAUUGUGGGCAAUUGCAUUGGUUUAGAUGAAUAUAAUGAGUUUUAUUAAUGCGGACACCCUAAAAUGGUAUGAAGACCCAGGUGUUAAGAUUUAUUGGCCUACAGCAGAUGUGGCAAUGGUAGAUGAUGUAGAACUACAUCCCUGUAAAACUAUACCAGCCUUUAACCCCUUAAGGACACAUGACAUGGGUGACAUGUCAUGAUUAUAUUUUAUAUAGUUUUGUCCUUAAGGGGUUAAGCGAUUUUAGUGUUUGGAAUACAAAUCUGUAUUCCUAACACUAUAGUGCCCUCUGUUCCAUACAUCCUUCACGCCCCCCUACCCCGUAGUAGAAAAAGGGUGAAAAAAGAUUUACUAACCCGAUUCCAGUGCUAAUGUCACUAGGUGCUUGGUCGCUGUCUGCCUCCACUGGCGUAUUUCGACCGAGGGACCUAAUUACUUUGCAGGACUAAAGGCAGUCUUAGUCCUGCAAAUUAAUUAUUGCAGUUUCUCUAAGGACUAAGGAGACAGGGACAUUGCAACCAAACCACUUCAAUUAGAUGUUUUUUUUAUUUAUCUGGACAAAAUCCAGUGUAUAGUGAAUAAAUGAAUUUAGAUUACUUUAAAAAUAUUAUGCUUAAUUCUCUAGUCUAAUGUUUCAAAAAAGUAUUACAAAUGUCUCUCAGGUCCCUCAGGGCUGACACUCUACCAGUAUUGGGUACCACGCAUCAGGCUCUUGUUUUGCGCUGAGGAUCCACGUGUGUUUACUCAGAGAAUUGUUGCUGCCUGCAAACUACGCAAGCAAACAGAGGCCCUUAUAUUGUACAACCUGUACAUAGAUUGCAUGCCAACCACCGGGCACUGUAAGAUUGCAGCAGAGAGUCUAAGUCGGAUGAAGAAACAUGUGCUGACCACAUCACGUCUAAAAGCAGAAAAAGAGUAUGUAAUGUGUCUACAGGUUUUUAAAAAACACUUCACUACCAAGUUAUUUAUAGUCUGACAAUAAGCAUACAUAGCAUUUACAUUAUUUAAAGGGACAGUCUAAGCAUCAAAACCACUCUUGCUUUAUAAAGUAGUUUUGGCACAUAGAUUAGAAAGCCUGCUGUUUCUCUGCUCAGUUCUCGAGUCAGUUGUUUUCGAGUCAAAUUACUUUAUUUCUGCAAUCCUAUUCUCACACCAUCUUUCUGUGACUCACAUUGUUUCUUUUUGCACUUCCUGAAAAUAUAUAUCCAUUUUGACUCUAUAAUAAGUUCAAGUCAGGAGAGUGUUUACUUUAGUACUUGGAGGGAGAGAUUAGCUUCAUAACUCUUUGUUAAUAGCUGUUAACCUCUUCCCAACGUUAGGGCGUCCCACACUGUCCUCACAAUGAGCUUUAUCGUUGUUUGGAUGGCAUGGGACGUUCUACAGUUUGGGUGUGAGCAAAAGUUAAACCCUGCUCACACCAGAGAGUAUCACGUAUCAGUUAAUGCCUGGGAUUCCCCUCUUUCAGCUCGGGCCAUUUCUGGUGGCCGCAGACUGGCAGAUGAGCUGUAUGCAGCGCUCAACGAGCGCACUGUAUACAGCUCAUUAAAUGUGCUUUUAAAUCCCUGAUUACACCAGGGAUUAUAAGGUAUCAAUUGAUAUCUGGCGCUCCUAUCUAUCAAUUUUUAUUGAGACACAAGGGUAAAUAGUAAGAGACACACAAUGGUGGCUGUGAGACACACAGAUGGGGGGGUAAGAUACACUAAAGGUGGUGUAAGACACAAAAAGGGAAUACGAUACACUAAAGGUGUUAGUUAUUUAAAAGAGGCAAUAAGAACAACAGACCGAUACACCACUCAAUGCUACUGACACGAAAAAACUGACACGAACCCUAGCUCACGUCACUUCCAACAAGCUUAAUCAUCAACAUGCAUAUGUUGAAAAAGGAGGUGUAACUGAGCCUCAAAGUAAGCACUAGACAUACGUACACUCCCCUACGUGGGUAACUUGUUAAAUAUGCCGGUCACAACAAUCAUACGUUAUCACCCUCUGCGAAGGCUAAUGUUCAAAUGCCACAGAUGUACCGGCUCUGCAUUUCAUACCGCUUGUCAAACAUGCAUUACUACCCCUCCGUGGGUAAACUGUUUCUUAUAUCUGCCUCAAUAAAAAAAGGAUUUGAUACAAAAGAGGCAACAAGAAACAUAAAACGGCUAAAGGGGUCAAAAGGACAGUUAAGAGACACACAGGUGAAGCCAUUCUUGCACUAGCACUGCUGAAAUUUGAUUUCCAUUAGUAAUUUAUCAUGAUUCCCUAAAUCAUAGUAGGCAAAAAUGCCAGAUAAAAUGUAUGGUUUAUUGAGUACAUGCCAUUCAAAUCUCUUUAAAUUUUCCUAAUUGUCAGUUUAUCUUAUCAACUGGAAAGUUUGGAAGAGGAAAUCAGUCUGGACUAUGAACGUACCAUGAACAAGAUAAUCUUUGACAGGCAUGUUUCCUCAAAUCCCCACAAAUUCACUUAUGUUACUUUACCAGAUAGAUUGGAAGACAAGGCUCCGACGAAAGGUACAUAUAUACUGUGUUCCUCUGAUUCUGAUGCCAAUUUUUAAGUUUGUUUUAUUGAUAGCUAAAAUAAAAUCUGCGCUGUUUUAAAUUCAGGGCUGGUUGACGUUCCAGAGUAUAGCUUUGCCAAGAGCCGAGCAGCCUUCACUUUUACCACUCUUUUGACGCGGCCAGAGGUCAUAAAGUCUCUCUGCAAAGUACGAGCAGAGUGUAAUAAGGUGUCCACCAUGUCUCUGUUUCACUCAACCCUAACAAAAUGUGUCAGACUAGAAGAAUUUGAACAGACUCAGUCACAGAUCUCCUCUCAGGUAAAAUCAUUAAAGACAUCUUAAUUAAAUAUGAUUGUUGAUGUACCUAUGUACAUUUAUUUAUUUUUUAAAAUCUUUUCUUGUUUUUUUGUGGUGAAGUUAAUUAAUCACUAAAAUGGAAGCAGUUUUGUUCUUGACAUGCUUACAUGGUACUGUGCCCAUGUGAAAGAUCUUCUAGGAGACUCCCUCAAAGUCUGUGUAAAGACGUCUUUCAGGUCUUAGCCACAAUCUUAAAUUAUUAUCUCUUAUUUAAUAUUCAUUCUAUGUCUUUGCAAGGUCAAAGUUGUGGUGGAUGGCUAUUUGACAUAUUUAAUAUUUGUGGAAGGCCCUUUUGCAUGUUUAUAUUUCAUGUUAUAAACUCUCCUCUUAGAACAUUCUGUAGAGCUCACAUUUUUUUUAAGCUUAUACUGUUAACUACUUGUAUCCACCUGUCUCAGGUUCAGUUGUUUCUCAAGGAUAGCUGGGUUAAUACCUUGAAGAACGCAGUGCGUGGUAGUCUGCGGGAUGUAGGAAAAGGCUGGUAUGACCUUAGUGAGUGUAACUGGAAAGUCUACUCCAUGUCCAAGCUACGUCAACUGAUGGAACUCAUCAAGUUCAACUUACAGGACUCACUGAGAUUUUUGGUGCAGGAUUCUCUGGUCAACUUUGCUCAAAUGAUACUGGAUGCAUCUUACAGCAUUUUGUCCUGUGCCGAAAAUUUGGAAUGGGGAGGAGACCUUGUCAACAGCCCAUACAAGUAAGAAAUAAUUGAAUAAAAAUAAUAUAGCAAUACUUACAUUGUAGGCCCUGAUGAAAAUGAAGAUGCCAUUUUUUAGAAGUCUAUUUAGAGUAGAAAAGUGGGCAAUGGACAUCUGAAUUUGAACAUUUUGUUGGAAAAAAAAUGUUAAUUUGUGGCAGAUGUCUUGAACUUCAGAUUUGUACAAUGCAUUGUUAAAUUAGAAUGAUGUAUUUCCAGGUAAAGAGUUUUGUGUUAUUGAGUAACAGCACUUGACAAAUAGUACCUGAUAAGCAUGCUACUCAAACAGCACUUAUUGCACACAAUAUAUCCAUAUAAUAGGAACCCCCAGAAAUAGGUGGCAGAAAGAUGGCAGCUUCUGGUCCAUGCUGUAGACAAGUAGAAAAUAAAACGUCAGUCACUCCGUGAGUAAUCUGAAGUCUUCAUUAUCUACCCUAUCUUAUGGAAACAACCAUAGACACAUUUUAAAGACGAGACAGGGGGGAUAUAAUAGAAACAUUUAAAUACAGAAAGGGAAUCAACACAGUAAAGGAGGAGACUAUAUUUAAAAGAAGAAAAACUACCACAACAAUAGGACAUAGUCUUAAAUUAGAGGGAAAAGGGUUUAAAAAUAAUUUCAGGAAGUAUUACUUUACUGAGAGGGUAGUGGAUGCAUGGAAUAGCCUUCCAUCUGAAGUGGUAGAGGUUAACACAGUAAAGGAGUUUAAGCAUGCGUGGGAUAGGCAUAAGGUUAUCCUAACUAUAAGCUAAGACUAGGGAUCUAAUGAGAGUAUUUGGAAAAUUGGACAGACUAGAUGGAGCGAAUGGUUCUUAUCUGCCGUCACAUUCUAUGUUUCUAUACAGGCAGAAGUCUUAGUAUGUUUUUGUCACGGCUACCCUACCCAAUUUAAAAGUAUAGGUCAGGAAUAAAUAGAAUAAAUAUUACUGUCCCUUAGAAUAGCUGGCUUUAACUUAAAAAUGAGAGAAUGAGUAAAUUUAAAACAAUCCAGGAUCAGGGUACCAGAAAAAUGUAAAUACAAUAUAACUAGCUAAGUCAAUAUUACAGAAGUCAGAAGAGUCAGCAUAACAAGGCAAAAUCAGGGAAAAAAAUAACACACCAAGAGGAAAUCACGACAGGGCACUGAUUGGUACAUUUCAUCCCUGCGACCCCAAAAAUGCAGAAACAGGGUCGCAGUGAUGACGUUGCGCUGCCUUAAUAGGAAAUAAUGCUAGGCGUCAUAUUAAUAUAAAUUGAGGGGUGCAGUGUCCCUCUCUAUCAUUAGGCUAAAUAGCAUUCGCCUCCCGAUGCAAAUGCAGAUCGGAAAGGCUGAAGGAAACCAUGAGGCGGUACUUCCCAAAUGACAUGCGUUCAGGAAGUCCAGAGUGCUUUGAUCAGAUAAGUACCAUGACAGUUUUUUGAUAUUCAAUCACAUCCUUCAUCUACCUGAGUAUGCUGUAUUUGGACAAUAAAAUGCUUAGUGGGUUGUCUGACCAUGUCCUUCAUAGAAUGGAUAAAAUUUACUAUGCAAGCAGGAAGGAACUGUAUGGCAGAAUUUGAUCUUGGCAAUAAUGAAAAUGCUGGAGUCAUGUUGAUAAUUGUCAUUUACAACUUGCUUCCCAGACCUCGUAAAAACCCAAUAUUUCUGUUGGAUUUGGUGCUGGACAGUGCCGGUGUUCAUUUCAGUACCCCUUUGGAGAAUUUUGAGGUGGUGCUCAUGACGCUUUUUGACAAAGGAAUCUUAGCAACACACAGCAUACCGCAGCUGGAGAAAGUGAGUAGUAUAGAACAAAAUCCCAUGUAAUGUAUUCAUCACAGAGCUAAGCCAUGGUUAAUUAUUUGUGUCGUAACCACCCGUUUAUUUAGAUAAUUUCUAGAUUUUUUUUUUCUUUUCUCUUCUUUCUCCAUCUUAUGGAAACAUAUAAUUAUAGGAAAAGCUCAUCUGAAAAUGGGUGAUAAGUAAUGUGGUAUAAAAAGUACCAGGUGGUCUUUAAGGAAAAUAAUCCCACACCGGAUAUAUAUUUUAGUUUUAUGUGAAAACUUUGGUAUGCUUUGGGAUCAUUAUUAUUAAUAUUUUCUCCAUCUUCUGGGCCUUGAUUUUAUUCUAUCAGUCGAUAAAUAUUAAUAGUUUUCGGUUGCUAUUUUUAUCAAAAAUUUCAACUGGAUUUAAUGCCAGCUUAAAUUCUAGCAGCCGGACUCUAUAAACAGGUCAGCUGCUUGAGAAAAAACAUCCGAUAAAUGUGCUUCUUAAUGAAGAAGUGAGACUUCCUUGUCAGAGUUCUAUGAUUGGUUGGCAUACAAGCCAACCAAUCAGACCAGUCUGACUGAGAUUGCAUAGCUUGGGAAAGCCCUUAUAAGGGCUUUUCCCAUCAUGCAAGCUCAGUCUGCACGAAGCCUGGAUGUUCCCACCAAUGGGUUGGGACUUGAGUGGGACUAUAGAUCCCCACCUUUCAUAAUUAAAAAGUUACUCCAACCACCUGCUUUUCAAAGUGGUUAUAGUGGCAGGAAUCUGUAUGUACAGAGUUUCUGCUGGAUACACUGCACGUACAGAGAAAUGUCCAAUUUUGUGACAGGGUCUAGUUACACACCCAACACAUGUGACAUACAUAGCCCUGAACUCUGUUCUGGUGUGGAAAGAAAGUACGGGAACUUCACCUAGUGGUUGAUUCCAAGUAUACUUUCUUAUUUUAUUGCUUUAUAAAGGGGGGAGGGGAACAUAAUAGUAAUUUUAGAUGAAAACAAACAAACUAUUAUUUUAAAAGGGUUACAUUAACCCUUUAAUAAAAUUAGAUCUCCCACCCACCACCUGUGGGUGGGGGCUGGGGGGAACAUUAGGUACCUCCAUUAAUUAUAAUUAAUAGAUUAUAUAAUUAUUAUAUAGAUUAUAAUUAUAGAUUAUACAUCCCACCAGUAGUCAACUGGGGGGGGACACUAACUCUCCUUAUUUAAUAUUUAGUUUAGUUGUUGUCUUUGUGUUUUUUUAUGUCUAACUAUAUAAUCUAUAUUUGUAUGAUUUCAGUUUGUCCUGGAAAACCUCUUUAUCAGUGGCACUCCAUUGCUGGAGUCUGUUGGACUGCAUGAACCCCCUGUAGAAGAAAUGCGUAAAAAUAUUCACACAGCAAUACAAAAAGCCAUGAUCCCUUUAAAAGCAUAUGCCAAGGAAUAUGAGAAAUAUUUAGAACUUAAUAAUACUGAUGUAGAAACUUUCAUAAAGUGAGUCUGGGCCUAGUACACAAUACACAGCUGCUGUUUUUAUGAGUCAUAUAAAUACAUUUGAGAUUCAAUCUGAUCUGAUUUAGUUGAUUUCAAUAAAAAAAUAAAUAAAAUAUUGUGUUCAUGAUUGCAGCUCCAGUUCAUUUGAUUUUAUUGAUUUAAAUUAAAUAUCUAAUGAGGUUAUUCAGUAAACCUGGGAUUUGUGGAUAAUUAACAUGAGACUGCAAAUUUUAUGCCUAGUUGCAAAAAAAAAAGAAUUGUUCCAGUUCUGCUAUUUUAUUCUUAAAUUUGAAAUUCCCUUUUCAGUUGUACAAAUAACCGCAAUUUUUACAGCAUAGAUCAUACAAGUGUAUACUUCAAUGCUUUUUAUUUUAAAUACCACCAUCCAAACAAAAGUGAAUAGUUUUUAAAGGGGAACUACAAUAACUACAAUAUGUAUGCUAAUAUAUAACGUAAACAGGAAUUAUUUCAGAUUUACACAAAGUACAUUUGAUUUUUAAUUAUCAAUAUGCUAGAAAAAUGUUGAUUGACUUUGAUUGGCAUUGAAUUUAUCUACAUAAUCGUCUUCUACAGUGUGGUUUUGGUGGCAAGUUCUCAGCUACAUUGAAUUUCCAAACUUCUGUGUGGAUUUCAUUACAGAGCAUUCAGCGCAAAGAUAAAUUCUGCUUCAGAGGUAAAGGCUUCUGUGGAACACCAUCUUUUGGAAAAGGAACGACUGGACAAUGCUCUCCCCAACUCGAUCAUUAUUGGUCCUUUCCAGAUCAACGUUGAAGGCGUUAAGCAAAACCUAUCCCGAAAACGCAAAACCUUGUCUAAUUCACUGCUGGAGUUACUAGCCAAGCGUGUGCGCCAUGAAAUAGAUGAGGUAACACACAACCGCUUUGACAUCGUAGUCCAGUCUAACAAUGUUUGUCCGUUUUAAGACUUCUUGGAUGUUUACUUCAACAGUGGUUGGCUAUUAUUGAUAUUUCUUCUGUUAUUUAGGUCUGGGCCUAAUCCUACCUCUUUGCUCACUUUAUCAGGUCUCAGAACAGUUCCGAGCCAUCAGCCGUAAAAUGUUUGACAAGCCAAACAGCGUAGAGGAGCUGACAGACCUGAGGGAAUGGAUGAAAGGAAUCCCAGAGCAGUUAAAAACCCUGGAGGUAUGCAAGACUUGUAGCAGGCCUUUUUUUGUAGUGCAAUAAUGGAGGAUGCACAACUUAUUAGUGAGAACAAGCAGCAAGUCACACUUAAAGCACCACUAUAGGCCCCCAGACCACUUCAUCUUCGGUUAACCCUGCAGCUGUAAACAUAGCAGUUACAGAAAGGGUUAAUCCAGCCUCUAGUGGCUGUCUCAUUGACAGCCGCUAGAAGCACUUCCACGCUUCUCACUGUGAGAGUCCCCAGCACCGAGGGAGCCCGGCGCUUGAGAAAGGUAAGUGUUUAACCCCUUUAGCCCGGCGGAAGGGGGGCCAUGAGGGUGGGGGGGACCUAAAGACCCUACAGUGCCAGGAAAACGAGGACUAUAGUGGUCCUUUAAAGAAAGUCUCAAAUGUCACCUGAAAAAUAAAUACUUGGAAAACUUUAUAAUACUCAAUAUAAGACCAAGUAAACAUGUCAUGUAUAUUUCUAACUUAAUCCACAGGAGCAGGCUGCUAAAGUUAUUACCGAUUAUGAUGUCAUGGAUGAGUUUUUUUACAGCCUUUCCCAAGAGGACUUUAAUGCAAAGUAAGAACGCAUUUCUAUUUUUUUUAUCUAAAUAUGUUGUAUACAUGCACUCUACGACUAUGUUACAUUUGCAAAUGUGACUGUGGUAUUUGUUGUCUCUGUGCAUCUGUGUCAGGUGGGCAGCUAUUUCAUGGCCAUACAAAAUUACAAAACAGACUGAUGAGAUUCAACUCCAGCACUCGGAAGAUGAAGAAAAGUUCCGUAAAAUCCAAGUGAUGGAUCAGAACAAUUUCCUGGAGCGCCUAGACUCCCUGCAGGUCUGUAACAUAUGAUCAAAAUAUGUUUGAACCUCACCUCUGUGCAUAUUAUGUUACAUAGACACUAAUUGCUGCUGUCACAUAUGGCUCUAUUUCACAGAUAGUUGUGGCUGCAUUUUCCACACAUUUCGAUAUCAAUCGCGUUCACGAGAUAGCCAAUGAAGUGAGGAGAGUUCACAAACAACUGAAGGAGUCGCAGGAGUUGGCUCAACUCUAUAACAACAGGGAGAGACUCUUUGAGCUUCCUGUCACAAAUGUAAUGUUCAUUUUUUUUUUUUUUAUAAUUUCCUUUUGUCCUUCAUUUGUCCUUUAUAUCCAAUAACAAAUCUAAAAGAAAAACUGAUAUUUAUCAUCUACUCUAUAUGCACCAAACUACUCUCCAGUGUAUGCAACUUUUUUCAAGCUCUGCCUGUCCCGUUAGUGUCUUCUUAUAUUACCUCCCUGACCGCUUCUAACUUGUUUAGAUUUGUCCAUCUUCACACGCCCUACAAGUUAAUAUAUGCUCCUUUGCAACCGACAUUUGACUUGCUCUAAUCUCCCAACCUACAGGAAUCCUAUAUUAAAGGCCUGAUCUGAUUUCUAUGCUCUAUUCUUCUUUCACCUCUACAUUUUACUGGAAAUACUGCCCUUAUCUAAAUAAAUGGGAAAAGGAGCUUGAGAGAGAAAUUACUAACAAGGACUGGGUAGAUAUGUAAGAACUUACCGCUAAGUCUUCAGUCUGUGUAAUUUUACAGGAACAGGGGAUUCAAACUAUGCUUCACUGGUAUUUGAUUCCAGUUAGACUCCACCAUAUUGUACUCACUCCUUCAGAUUUGUAUUGGAGACUAUAUGGUUUGUCAGGGAACGUAUAUUCACAAGUGGUGGUCUUCCCACUUUAAUAUUUGGACUUCUAUGUGCAGUCUUCACCCACUCAGCUUGUUUUUCCCUUUCACUUCCUUUACUCUGUCUUGCUUCUCUUCUUUUCUUUCAACACUUUUCCUGAUCAGUGUUAUCAUUUCCUUCAGAUUCAACUGUAUAAUGCUCUGUUGAAAUAAUUAACCAAUGAACUGCCUUUCAGUGUGAUGUCCCACAAGGGCUAUGUUUGAUUCUAAAACUCCGCACAACCCACAGGUUAACCUGGAUAUGAUGGUAUAGUUUUGAUAGGUCUGUGUUUGUACAGGAGCUUUAUCAAGAUAGGGGAAUCCAAGGAAAGGUAUCUAAACAAGGGAAAGGCAGAGGGCAGAGUCAAGUGGUCCAGAAGUCAGGUCAGGCUGUAAGUAGGGAAUUCAGGAGGCAGGCCUAAUGUGCUGCAGAUCACAAUAGUAGAGCCAGGAAUAACAACUCUAGGAGUCUGAGAGCUGCUAAAUAUCCAAACACUUACUGGGAAGUGGGUGCUGGGUUUAAAAGGCUUCUGAGUCACAAGUGGCUGGGUCUCUCUUGCAGGCAGGGUUUAUGCAGGUCUUUAAAUCAAACCAUCUUGCCUGCAUUCUUGUCCAGGCCUGCCUCCAGUCUUCUCCCUCUCUGUCCUCUGCCACGCUGGUUGGUCUUCUCACAUGGCGGUUGCUAUCUUGGUGAUGGAGCAAGCAAUGUAAUAACCUGCAAAGUCAAUGUUUUUGUGUUUUGGCAGUAUGACAAACUUUUGAAGCUGGUAAAAGACUUUCAACCUUUCCGGGAUCUGUGGACCACUGCUUCAGAUUGGAUGCGCUGGUACGAGAGCUGGAUGAACGACCCACUUACUUCCAUAGAUGCUGAGCAGUUAGAGAAGAACGUGAUGGAGUCAUACAAAGCCAUGCAUAAAUGUGUUAAACACUUUCGAGAUAUUCCAGGUAACAAAGGAUAGAACUUGCAAUAACAAAUGAGUAUGUCCUUUCAGACCAUAUGAUCUCAUAGUAUUUUAUAAGAGAUAAUGUGUUCUCAUACAUCUACCAUGGCAGUGCUCAUCUAUAGACUUCCUUUAGAUCAUGGGUGUGACAGGGAAUGUGUGUAUUACCAAACUACACAUUCCUUUUCUUAAAACCGACCCUUUGUGACCUAAGAAAAGUAAAUCUGAGAGUAUUAAAUUUUUUAGUUAUUAGGCAUAAAAUAAAUUGAUUACAUCAAAAUGUUUUUCAUGCAAAUUAAAAUUCUUUCAGGCUGUGUCUCAUAAGUAUUUAAUAUUAGAUGUCAUCAAUGUUAAAUAUCUAACAAUUUAAAAAUGGUAAUGCUUUCAGAAUUAAAUUAUAACACAACAUAUGUAAAGUUUUUAAUUUGCUAGAAAAUACUUUAAAAUUAGGAAACAUGACAUAACUUUAAACAUCCAGUGAACAUAUUAAAUCAAAGCUACAUUUAUAAAAUAGAAUACACUUUGUAUUGGCUAAAAUAGUAUGUAUUUUAUAAAAUCCAUGCAAUUUUAUCUUUUCAAGACGACGUCUCUGAUUCACAUAUUAGCUGCAUUUUCCUUCUAUUUUUUAAAAAAAUAGCCAGCCAUUCCCUUUUGGAUUACUAGUGCUUUAUGUGUCUUUGAGUCAUGUUUUCCUUGAAAGUAAACCAGUAUGUAUUAUAGUGCAACAAAAUCUGUUUACGUUGAUGUGUGCACCAAUGAAUGUCUACAUUUUAUACACUCGUAAUGAUUUUCCUCAGCCUGCCGAGAUGUGGCUCAAGACAUCAAGGGCCGUAUAGAAGAAUUCAAGCCCUAUAUUCCACUGAUCCAGGGAUUACGCAAUCCUGGCAUGAGAAAUCGCCACUGGGAAAUCCUCUCUGAUCAAAUACAGAUCAGUAUUAAACCUAAGGCCAACUUGACCUUCACUCGUUGCCUGGAGAUGAAUUUGCAGGAUCACAUAGAGAGCAUUGCCAAGGUGGCAGAAAUCGCUGGCAAGGAAUAUUCAAUAGAGCAGGUGCAGUAGUACUUUUAUUUAGGCAUGAGUAUUUUUCUUAUAUUUCUUUUAACUUGUAAUAAGACUUAAUAACUUUAUUCUCAGUGCUGUACAGAAAUCAGUGAGAUUCACUCAUGCAUGAACAUACACAACUGGCUCCCAAUGGUUUCUAAGGUUAAAUUUUGGAUGUGUUCAAUAUAGUCAUGACUAACUUACAUUGUCUAUGCAAAACAGCAGUGAUAUCCACUCUGGAGUGUCCCUUUAAUUAACUGGUACAUUUGUUUUCUCUCAGGCUUUAGACAAGAUGGUGAGUGAAUGGGAAUCUGUGAUGUUUACCAUACUGCCAUACAAAGAAACUGGGACCUAUAUAUUGAAGAGCCCUGAGGAGGCUUCACAGUUGCUGGAUGACCACAUAGUAAUGGCGCAAAGCAUGUCCUUCUCCCCGUACAAAAAGCCCUUUGAAGAACGUAUUAGCACGUGGGAGGGAAAACUACGUUUAACACAGGUAUAGUGAAUUUGUCCAAUCUUUGCUACACUAUUUCAUGAGCUGAGAAUUUUAUGAGACAAUUGGCAUGAAAGAUAUGGUUAAAAAGCUGCCAAAAUACAGUUAUCACUCUUGCUGGUGUAAGUCUCAGCAUUGCAAGGGUUACAGAAUCUCAGGGCAGGAGUCUAAUGUCUGAGGAAUUCAGCCAAGCAAUGUGAAAAUGGCAAUCUUCCUGGUUGGGUCAGACCGACAGAAACAAAACUAAUAUCAGGAAAUAAAUGAACUAGUAGACAAUAAAUACUAGUACAAUUAAUUGGACAAAUGUACAGGAAGGACUAGCACACAAUGUGGCUGACUGAAAAAGUCACAUGACUGGGCAGAAGCAUUUAGGUCUCGAUCUAAUUUUGUUGGGUAGGCUUUUCAAAUGAUUAACAUUUUUAAAUAAACUUGAAAUUAUGUUAAUUUUGUAAUAUUUUGAUGUGUUUUAUAUAUUUCUUUAUUUUUAUAUAUAUGAAAUUGUUUUGAUAUACUAAUACUUUGAAAAAUUUUUUUUUAAAAGUUUAUCCAAAAAUAUGAAAAGCUUAUCCAACAAUAUUGAGGUCUUAGUAGGGCAGAACUCAGACUUAGGUAGCACCGGAAGCAGGAGCCUUAAACCGCUGUAAGCACCUGGAAGCUCAUCAGUUAGAUCGUCACCUUAUAUAAACAUCCACAAGUUGAGCCUCUGUGAACGUGUACCUGUUGGGUCUGUUUUGAAAAGUUAAACUAAGUAUGAACCCAUGCAGCAUGUUAUAGAUAUAUUGAAAUUUUGCAUUCCUUUUAUCUUAUAUCAAAAUACCUCAUCUGUUUCUUGCUUUAGGGUGAUAAAUCAUAAGCAUAUUGUCAAAUUAUCCGUUGAUAAGGACAGCAAUCUUAAGUGAUUGUUAGUACACGUUUUGAUGUUUUGAUCCAUUUUUUUAUGUUGUCAACAACAUAGAUCCAAACGCAGCAUAUUUACUGCUGAAAAUUAUGUAUGGGAUGACAAGCUGGUCUGGUGAAAGUGUUAAUACUGCUGUUUAUCUUUGUAUUAUUACCAGGAUGUUCUGGAGGAAUGGCUGACCUGUCAGCGUUCUUGGCUUUACCUGGAACCAAUCUUUAGCUCAGAAGAUAUUAACAGACAGCUGCCCGUUGAGAGUAAGCGUUACCAGACCAUGGAAAGGACCUGGAGAAAAAUUAUGAGAAACACAGAGGAAAAUAAGCAGGUGCCAUAACUGUGUGGAAUGUCUGUGACUAGCUGCCUGUUUAGCUGUAUUAAUAGUGGAGUCUAGAGAUAACCCCCUUUUGUUCUAAUGCAUUUCGGAAAUACUUGAUUAAAGAUGCAAAACUUAAAAAAUACAUUCUCCCCUUUAAUAUAUGAAUCCCCAAUGUCUGCAAAGACUAUUGAUCUGUGAGGUUAGCGUAAUAAGGCACUCAGUAGGUUUAAAUAGAUUUGCUGACCUACUAGAUGUUAUUGAAUUAAUUACAUUUAUUUGUGAUGAGCUAAGUUUUUCUAUAGUGAUAAUCCUUGUAUUUGCAGAUUAUCUCCUUGUGCCCAGAUCCUCGUCUAUUGGAAAACCUGCGUGAAUGCAACAAGCUGCUGGAGCUCGUACAGAAAGGACUCAGCGACUAUCUUGAGACAAAGAGAUCUGCUUUUCCCAGGUAACCUUGCAGUAUUCACAAGUGGGACAGAAAUGGACUUCUGAGCUGUUCACAGCUCACACUGCUGAAAUUUGAUAUCAUAUCAUUCAAUUUUCAGGUUUUACUUUCUUUCUGAUGAUGAACUUUUGGAGAUUCUGUCCCAGACUAAGGACCCCACUGCUGUGCAACCUCACCUUCGAAAAUGUUUCGAGAACAUUGCACGGGUGAGCUCCAGUGACAACUUCACACUUCAUGUUAUCUUACAUUUUAUUGGUACAACUAAUUACAUUGCAUUUCACAUAUUGCAAUUAUAUAAAGCAAUCAUACAUCAUACAAUAUUACAUGUUACAAUUAAACAAGAUAGUUAUAUGAUACCAGGUUUUUUUUUGCUGUCCUGUGUUGGAAAAGUUAAAAUAGUAGCUUAAUUUCAAUAAUCUCUGUGUUCACCUUUCUUUCCGUCUUUUGACCUCCCACUAUAUCUAUUACUCUUUGCUCUUCCAGCUUAUGUUCCAGUCGGAUCUACAAAUCACUCACAUGUAUUCAGCCGAGGGAGAAGAAGUCAAGCUGUCUACUCCCAUUUAUCCUACAGGCAACGUGGAGGAUUGGUUACUAGUAGUGGAGAAAGUCAUGAAGGCCAGCAUACGUGAUUUCAUCGAGAAAUCUAUCAAGGUGUACCCACAGGUAAGAAGAACGUCUAUAAAAGAUAAUGCAGGAGAAAGAGCCAAUACAUGUCUGACACAAAACUGGUUCAACCCAACUCUUAUCCUGUGGUAGCACUGUAAUGAUUGGGAAGAGUAAGUUUUAGAAUGAAAUUAAUAGUUUGUAUUAUUUGUAUUUUUAAAUAAGAGAGCAGCAGGUUUUAUUUACAGCAAAGUAAACUCAACAUUCUAUUUUUUUAAGAUAGAUAAAAUCAACACCAUUGAGUUGGGUAUCAGUAAUAUAUUUAGCGUCUGCUAAUUAGUCUUGGGGCACAAAUCUAUAUGACUAUUAUUAUUAUUUGUGUUUUAUUUUAAACAUUAACACUUUUUAAAAACUCUUGAGGACCAAGACUAUUUUGAGAUGCAACGCAUUUGUAACCAACGCCAACACGCUUUCACCCUUUCUAUUUAAGUGCUUUCUCUUGAUAUCCAAUAUGUAUACAUAACACAAUAAUAAAUGGGAAUAAAAAAAUGAAAAAAACAAACAAAAAAAUUCUUACUUUACGUUAAAUGAUUUUAACCCACCAAGUACAAUUAAAGAAUACAAAACCAAAAUAGAUUCACUAAUUAGUCCUGUUAAAAUGCCCAAUAUGCCUAGGGUUUCAAUUUAUUUUUAGAAGUUAUAAAACAAAUAUUGCAAGGAGUGAAUUACGGUUCUAAAGCUAAAAUUUAGCAUGCCGAGAUUUUAACUUUAAUUGUAGUCACAUUAUCCAAAACCGCUACACAAAAGUAUAUAUUUGUAACAAAUGCAUCUUUCAGGCUAUUUACCUAAGAGCAUUUUGACACUUUUCAUUUAAUUAAUUUACUACAAAGCUUGGUCAAAUUUAUAAAAAAUAAAUUUCGAUCAUGUUUUAUUUUGGGAUAAUUCACAGAGCAGGCGUUUCCCACUACUGCAAACACCGCAUAUUUGUACUCUACUACUGUUCUUGUGUACAAUGAUACCCCACAUAUGGACCUUUUUCUACUAAUCCAACCCUUAAUCUAACCCUUAAUACAACCCUUAAUUCUACCCCUAAUCCUACCUAUAAUCCAAGUCCUGAUCCAAUCCCCUAAUCAAACCUCUGAAGAAUUCCAUUAGCUGAUGUCAGUACUGACAUCCGCAGAGAGAUUUCAGAGCUCACACAGUGCUCUGUGUCCUGUUUGAUUGCAGCAUGAAAGGUAGAUCUCCCUCUCAUGCCUCACCAAGUCUUUUACCAGGUAAGUUAGGGUGUUUUGUGUAUAUUUUAUUGUUUUUUUUUCGGUUUUGUUUUUCUUCAAAGUGUUAAAUGUAUGCUUCAUUUAAAAUUCAUUUUCAAAAUGAAUUCAGAGUAUUCAGACAGAUCAACAAUAAUUUUUAUCUGAGUGUUGAAAAUAAAUGAGGCCAGUACUUCCCACUAUUCAUUUUGACUUCACUCUUACUGUAUUUUUCAGAUGCCCCGUACAGAAUGGGUGAUGCGUUGGCCUGGGCAGGUUACCAUAGCUGGAUGCCAGGCAUACUGGACAAAGGAAGUAUCUGAAGCUCUGGAGGCUGGGGACCUGUCCACUCGGCUCUUUCCACAGCUUGGAACUCAGGUCAGUGCUCCACCUCUUAUUAUUUUUGAAAUAUUACAUAUAUAUUGUAAUUUAAAACAUAUAAUAUAUUUUUAUGGGUAGGGAAUAUAGGGUACUAUAAUACUACUAAUUUUGCUUAUUAAGAUCUGUAGUGUGUUUUUCAGGACCAAACACAUCCAAUGUAUACAGUGCAUCUACUUAUAGAAAGGGCUGAGGCCUCAAUUUAAUAUUAUUAAGCUUUCAAACUGAUUAAGUACUUUUGGAUAAACGUUUUAAAUGAUUUAAUAUUAGAAAAACAUUUUACUUUUGUACAUUUUUAAAAUAUUUUCGAUAUAUUGAUAUUUUGUUAUAUACAAUAUGUUUUGAAAUUUUAAUGUUGAAAUAAUAAUUGUUAAAGUUUAUCCAAAAAUAUGAAAUAAUUUGGAAAGCUUAUCCAACAAUAUUAAAUCAAGGUCUAAAUGUCUGAGAGUAUAGUUAAAGAGGAUUACUCCAACCAAAAAAACAUUGUUUUUGCACCCCCCACCAACAAAAGAAAGAAAAUAAAAUUGCUAUAAUGUACAGCACCAAGACCAGGUUUUACCUGCAGCCCAAUCCUCUUGAGAUGGACCUGCAAGAAAAUCAGCGUUUAAUCAUUAAAGAGCAUGCUGUACAGCAGAGAUUAAUCAACACAAAUGUUUGGACAAUACAACAUGAGCCUUACAUUUGAAAAACAAGAAAUUCAACAUAAACACGGUACACAGUUGGUAAAUCAUAUAGAUGGAGAUGGCACAGUACUAAAUUACUAUGAAUUAUGUAUUAUGAAUCAAGUGUUUAACACAAACAUUUGCAAAAUUUCUUUGCAGAGAAUUUCUUUAUAAUUGGUUUGUACAUAUAACAGCUGUUACUGGUUAGUCCACCUAAAUGUUUUAAUAAAGAGGGUUUGAAAGUUCUGAAUAAAUCUCCCGGAACAGAAAAGUUGGCAAAUCUAUGGGGCCUUUAUGCUCAUGGGCAACUGCCCGGCAUGGCAAUACAUUAAAACAGCUCUAAAUCCCAUCAGAUGUUAAAGGAACUGUGCUCUUCAUUCUUUUAUAGCUUUGUUCUUAUUAUGUGACAUGUAGACUUUGCUGUAGCGUAACAGUCAUAUUAUUUUUCAGCUAAGUGACCUUGUAGGACUGGUACGUGGAAAGCUGUCCCGCAUGCAGCGUUCUAUCGUAUCUGCUCUUAUCGUGAUUGAAGUCCACGCUAAGGAUGUUGCUGCCCGUCUCAUAGAGGAAAAUGUGAACAGUGUAAAUGAUUUUGAAUGGAUUUCUCAGCUCAGGUUUGGCACCCAAAAUUAGUAUUUAUGUUAUGUGUCUGUCUAAAUUUUUGUUGCAUUUGACCCUUGUUGACCAAGAAUCACAUAAACCCAGAAAGGUUAAUUUAAUGAAAUGUGAAUUGUCGGGAAGUUUUUCAAUAACAAAACUGAGGCCAUUUGGCCUAAAAUUUUACAUGAACUUUUAAUUGCUUAGUAUUCUUAAUUUAUGUAAUGGAACAAUAUAUCAAACAAUACAAAUGUGUAUUCCUAACACUAUAGUGUCUUCUAGUUGUUCAAGUCCCUUCUGUGCUCAUGAAAAGGUAUUUCACUUUUCUUUUCUUUCUCUGUGCGAUGCUCUCUCUACGGCUGGUUCUGUGUCCGUGAUCGAUGAGAUCGAUGAUCUCAGGCAAUCCAGUGUUUUCCCAUAGAAAAGCAAUAGGAGGCUACUGCACAUGCACAGCAACCACACUGCACAAACCAGAUGGUCUAUUUGAGACCAUUUGAUAAAAAAUGGCAGAGUUUUACUCUGCUACUUAGACGGAAGCGCCUCUAAUGGCUUUCAGGUUUACAUCCACUAGAGGCAUUUAAACCCUGCACUGUAAGCAUUCCCGUUCUGCAGGAAUGCCUGCAGUUGCAGACAUAAAGCUACAGAGACAUGGCACCAGACCACUUAGUUUAGAUGAAGCCGUCUGGAUGCCUAUAGUUUCCCUUUAACCCUGUGAAUGUUAAUCUAUGCAUGGCACAAUAAAGGACUGUUAUAUUGGGACUGUCAUUUAUUGGCAAAAUAAUGUAGAAAUUAUUUAAUGAAAGCUGUUCCCUUCUUUGUUUUGUAUAUGUAUAUGGUUGUACUUAUUAAAGAAGCAUGUUGUAUAACAGCAUAUACGAUAAAUAUAUAUCUUUACUAUUUCUAAGAUUGCUGCAUUUUUAUUUUUUAUUUAUUUGUCUAGAACUGCCAGUCUUGCGUUUGUGUGUGUAAAUAAUGUUGUAUAACCCCUCCUUGUGUGCAAGUUCCUCUGCCUUAAAGUUUAAAUUUGUCAAUAUGGAGUAUGGGGUAAGCCUUGUUUAGUUUGGUUGUAUUUUGGAUUUGUGAAAUCAGUUAAUCCCUCUGCAGGUAUUACUGGGCUAGAGAAGAUCUCUAUGUGAGAGCUGUCAAUGCUGAAUUUCUUUAUGGAUAUGAAUACCUUGGUAACACAGGACGUUUGGUCAUAACCCCCCUCACAGACAGGUAAUGAUUACGUGGAUAAUUCGUUUCCGAUGGUUGGCUGAUCACAGCAGAUGCCGCUGAACAUAAUGCUUUAUAUGUUUUUUUAUGGGUUUAGGUGUUACCUCACACUGACUGGGGCACUGCAUCUAAAAUUUGGAGGUGCUCCUGCUGGGCCAGCCGGGACAGGAAAAACAGAGACCACCAAAGAUCUGGGUAAAGCUCUUGCAAUCCAAACUGUAGUAUUUAACUGCUCUGACCAGCUUGAUUUUAUGGCCAUGGGCAAGUUCUUCAAAGGAUUGGCGAGGUAAGUAAACAAGCAGAGUGAUCCAUUUAUGGUUCUCCCAUAAAUUGCUGCCACUCAUACUGAGAGGAACUGCUCAAAGAUUUUCUUAAACAUUUUUUUUUGUAUUGCUGUAUAUACAGUUCAGGAGCUUGGGCAUGCUUUGAUGAAUUCAAUCGGAUUGACAUUGAGGUCUUGUCUGUGGUGGCCCAGCAGAUUGCUACCAUUCAGAAAGCCCAACAGCAAAGAGUGAGUUACAGUGAAAGUUCCAAAGUUGAAGUGGCACUCUCAUGCCAAACUUACCUUUCUCCUAGUGUUUCCUCUUCUCUUCCUCUUUUAGAACCUGUUUUUCUUUUCUAUAUUUCUGAUCUAGUUUUCAUUGAAACAUACGAUACAGUAGGGACUACUAUGUCUUAUGUGUUUUUUCUACAUUUGACUUUCUUUGACCAAAGGAGGAGCUUAAGUCAGCUCCAUUUCAUGUGUCAAGGAGAAUAGUGAGUACUUUCUAUGACACAGGAAAUGGCUUAAGCUCCUCCUUUGGUCAAAAAAUGUCACCUGUAAGAAAAGUCCCUACUUUGUCUUAUGGUUUAAAGAAAACUAGAACAGAAAUAAAGAAAAGAGGAACAGAUUUUGAUAGAGGGAGAGAAGACGAAGCGAUAGGAGAAAAGAAAGUUCUGCAUGACAGUGCCACUUUAAUGUUCUCUCUUCCCAGGAAGGUUCCUUUAUAUAUUACUUGCUGGUUACUUCUGUAUUGUUUACAUUAUUUUUCUUGCAGGUGGAUCGCUUUAUGUUUGAAGGUGUAGAGAUCCCCUUGGUGUCUACAUGUGCAGUAUUUAUUACAAUGAAUCCUGGUUAUGCUGGACGCACAGAAUUACCUGAUAACCUGAAGGUAGCAUAACUAGAUUACUUACUUUCAUAUAAAGUUAAUCAAGUAUUUACUGGAUAGAAAAUUAUAUUCUCAGUCCUUGUGCAUAACAGUAAUAAUUAUAUCCAUAUAUCCAAUGUAAAUGGUAGUGAUUACUGGAUCUGCAUAUAAUAUAUGUAGCAAUGAUUAUUGUAUUCCUACUUUGUGUUUAUAAGUAUCAUCAUACAAUAAAUGUUUAAAUUGAUUUAUAGGCUCUUUUCCGUCCAGUCGCAAUGAUGGUACCAGAUUAUGCGAUGAUUGCUGAGAUAUCUCUUUACUCUUUUGGUUUCAACAAUGCGAAGAUUCUAGCAAAGAAAAUUACUACAACGUUCAAACUUUCUUCUGAGCAACUUAGUUCUCAGGUGGCUUUCAAAAAACAUAUCCAUCAUCUUAUCUACCACAAAUCUACAACUUACAACUCAUUGACAACUCACUACUCCAUCUUCUAUAUACUUAAACCUUUUGCCUGUUUCCCAAUAAGAGCCUUAUCCUAGCCUUAUCCUAGUCUCCCAGCCACAAAAUACUGCCUACCUCCGAGUCACUGCCCCAUCCAGUAGACUUCUACAACUUACUGUCCUUCUUACAGUCACUGCCUUGUCCUGUACAUUGUUACACUUAUUGCCUGUCUCCAUAUCUCAUCUAUUGUCUUACCAACUUCUCAGAUGUUUUUGUUUUGCAUUGCUACAGAACUAGAUGCUUCACAUUUGAGGUAUCAUUUUUCAGAUGCCUUUGUUUACCUUUCCCCCAUCUCUCCAUCUUUUCCCCCUUCCUUUCUUAUCUUUUUUAGGAUCAUUAUGAUUUUGGAAUGAGAGCUGUUAAAACAGUGAUUUCUGCUGCUGGAAACCUGAAGAGAGAAAAUCCAACCAUGAAUGAGGCAAGUUUUUCUUAGGUUUAUAAUGAUCUAAAUGUUUCCUUUACAGGACAAUUUUGUUGUGAAGAAGGCCGAUAACAAUUAAGGAUUGCUUUCAAGCCUUAUCCUUUAUGGGCAAGAUGCCUAGUGCUUGUAUGAAGUCCAUAAACGAUUUACUAGAUUGUAGGUUGCUUUAACGGUAGACUUGCAGACAUUAGGUCAGAAUAGCUUUUUUCCUAUCAUGGUAAAAUUUGCAUAUUAAUUAAAUGCACAAAGAAAUCAUGUUCAAUAUAUGAAUCCCAUAGGUUUAUGUGUAUGUCAUCCAAAAUAAUGGACAGUCACCUUGUUUGAGGACAAGUGGUUUAUUUAUUUGUGAAGAAAGUGUAAUACAGGCAAUGAUAUCAUGUCUAUGUGUCUUUGCAGGAGCUGAUCUGUCUCCGGGCUAUCCGUGAUGUUAAUGUGCCCAAGUUCUUACAAGAUGACUUGAAGCUCUUCACUGGCAUUGUGUCUGACCUUUUCCCACGGAUUGAGGAAGAACACAUUGAUUAUGGCAGUCUAGAACAAGCAAUUCGCAAAACCUGCAUUCAGAAAAAUCUAAAGGAUGUUGAUGGUGAGGAUACACCGUCAGGGACUUACAACAUUCAUUUCCAGCUGCUCAAGAACUUGUAAAUGAAUACAGAUAGUAUGGCUUAGCUAACUUAGAUAAUAUAUGUUCCUGUAGCUUUGUGAAUAGCAUUCUUCAAGCAGCUAUCUCCUCCAUAUACUAUUUCUCUGCCAAUGGACAAAUGUGUUGAUGCAGAUAAUAUUCUUCUUUCUUUUCUAGGCUUUGUAACAAAAUGCAUCCAGCUCUAUGAGACAACGGUGGUGCGGCAUGGUCUGAUGCUUGUAGGUCCUACAGGUUCGGGGAAAACACAGGUGAGAUAUAAACAUAGUCAUAGUUGUUACAUGUUCCCAGCGUAUGUGUUGUGGUUUUUUUCCAGAGUUCACUUUUAUGAAAGUGCUUUGUGUUUAUUGACAAGAAACAUUUCUCUAAUGUGUCAAACAAGGCAUUUCUAGGGUGAGUUAUGAUAGGCAUUUUUUAACUGUCAUACAUCCUUUCUGUUUUUUCAUUAAUUUAUAAUAUUUAUAUUAUUCUUUGACCACAAAUGUUAACGAUAUCACGUUGUUACAUUAGAAGACACUGAAUGUAUCUCUAUGUAGAGCAAAGUCAAAAAUCAGUAUGGAAACUGAGUUCUGAGCAUUGUACAAAAAUAUAUAUACCUACUUAAUAUGCAGAAAUACUGAUAAUGUUUAUCAAUCCAAUUGGUACUAAUAGUUCACAAAAAGGAUGGUCUUAGAUAUCAGAAUCACCCCAUUUAUGUAACAGAGUAUGAGAAUCGGUUAAAAUGAUACAUAACAAGGCCCCAACACAGAGUUUUUUAAAAUCACAUUUUAUUGAAUUUUUUAGUUAUUACAGAGAUACAACAGAGCUAGCAAUGAGGAGGCACGCAGGCCUCUAUAUAUAGAGAUAUAUAUAUAUAUAUAUAUAUAAAACGAUUAUUAAAAUUUAGAAGGCAGUAAAGGCAGAUGGAUUAACAAUGUGUAGAAAUGGUACAAUUUGCAGGUGGGAAAUGAGAAAUAACUCAAGGGUAUUAACCGUGGGGUGCCCUGGAGUGCGACAUAGCACUUAUUGGUCAUUACUCUACGGAAGUCAAAUUUCCAAAUUGUGUCAGGAGCUUUCCCUGCUCAUGGUAGGAUCAGUAGCGGUUGAGGGAACAUUAUGGCUGAAAGUGCCCUAUGUCAACAGUGAUAACAUUGACAUUACGAUUCAAGAUCUCCCUUCCAUAUGGCGGGGUUAUUACAGUAGCUUUGCCACGUCUCCCCACAUACACGCAAGUGUGUUUCAUAAUCGCUACUUUGUGUUACAGUUUCAGACACAAAAAUCCUAAUCUCUGUAAGAGUGAAAGGUGAACCAUCCACGUUGUUAUUUUGGGGCAGCUCCACCAGAUAUGUUCGACUGUCUCCUCGCCUGUGCCCCACCUCCAGCAGGAUGGGGAUAUACUUGGAAAUAUAGGAGAGAAGGCGUUCUGUAUCAUGAUGACAGUAGUUUGUAGUUAGUUUCUUGAUACCUAGAGCUAAUCCAGCUCUAAUGGUUUAAAAUUAAUACUUUUUCCCACUGUGUGUCUUUGAGCAUCUUGUUUAGCAGUUCUUCCCAUCGCCUCUUGAAAGUUGUCUUCGUGUUUCUGUCCACUAUUAGUAGAUGUUGGUAAAGGACGGAAAUGGCCUUCUCCAGGGUAUAACCCCCAUCACAGAGGCCCUCAAACCACGUCAAGGUUAGAUGCAGCAGUGCUGUGUUGGGGAUCUGUUGGUAACAGUGUCGCAGUUGGGAAUGCUGAAAUUUAAUGAGAAGAGUCGGGGCUUCUUCCCCCAUGAUGUACUUCGUGAGGUUCAAUUUGAGACCUGAUAAGCUGCCAUAGGUAUCAAAUGCUAUCAUCAAACAUGGCAAGGUAAUCUGUGGAUUGAUAACAAAAAAGAGUAUUUCGUCCACAUAAGUUGCCACUUUAUGUUCCGAGACCUUGCAUUGGAGUCCUGAGAUGUCUUAGUUUUUUCGGACCGCAAUGAGGAAUGGCUCGAGGGAGAUGGCAAACAAUAGAGGUGAAAGAGGGCAGCCCUGCCGUGUGCCAUUAAGGAUCCAGGGAUAAAACCUGUCUGCUCUGGGUGGAUAAGAUCAGGUAGACAUGCUUGCAUCCUGGUCGGUGAACAAUUUAACGUUCACAUUCAAAAGAGAGAUGGUAGCUAACGCAGUUUUCGGGGUCUUUAUUUGGCUUCAUUAGCACUGUGAUCAUUACAGCUAAUGGCUCAUUGUAGAAAUUUCCCCCUUUUGUUAGCUUAAUCAGGGCUUUUAUUAGUCUGGGUAUCAGGGGGCCUUAUAGUAUCCAAGGGUAAAGCCAUCUGGUCCAGGUGGUACCAACACAGAGUUAUUUCAACAAUUAUCUGACUCUUGCCACAUAAAUGACAGGCUCAUCUUCAUGAAAUGGAGUUUCUUGUUAGCAAAUUGUACUUUGUAUUGUUAGUUAGCACAGCUGCUAAGAAACACUAGAACAGCAGAAAUUAAUCAGGCUGUCAAGUAUAUUUUGAUGCCUGCUAGAGUUGUGUUACUACUAUCCUAGCUAGAAUACACAUACCUCUACUCAUCCAAAAUGCCUAUAUCCCUCACUCCCCAGACAGCCUGCUCCUCUCCCUCCCUAUCAUGCCAUUUAGUCUAUUAAUCUUGUUUAGAUGGAGUCAUCACAGUCCAGAGGAUGACAAGCAAUAUCAAGGAAAUGUUUGUACUUACCCUGUGCAGAGUGCACAGUUGUAUUACUGUAUCUUGCAGAUGUGGGCAGUUGCUCUUAUAUAAGAUGGUGUCAGCUACUGGGCUGAUGGAAUCUGUUGUUCUCUGUUGGACCUCUUUAAUUUAACAGGCUAGGACCAAAUACUUUUCUAAUGUACGCUGAAGUUUAAUGUUACCCAGAUCAUGUUUUGUUUGUAUUGAGUUGUAAAAAAUUAUUGUGUUUGCUCAGUGUUAUAUAGUGCUUGCUGCUGCCCUUUCAUCACUUAAAGGGAUGCCAUCAGUCAGUGGAGGGACCUAUGAGACUGUACACUACUACAUUUUGAAUCCAAAAUCCAUCACAAUGGGUCAGUUGUAUGGAGAAUUUGACCUUUUAACACAUGAGUGGUAAGAAUAUUAUUAUUUUAAAAAUAUGUAUGUCAUAGUAAUAAUUUGUAAAUCUUGGAUUUCUUUGUUAAAACAAGUGAUGGGAAAUAACACUUCCAAUGUGUUUAACUUCAAAGGACAGAUGGAAUCCUCUCGUCACUUAUUAGAGGUGGUGCCACAUCAACAGAGCCUGACAAAAGGUGGUACAUGUUUGAUGGACCUGUAGAUGCUGUGUGGAUUGAGAAUAUGAACACAGUCCUUGAUGAUAACAAGAAGCUUUGUCUGAGCUCAGGAGAGAUCAUUAAACUUACAGAGGUAAUCAAAACCUAGAGUUUGAAGAACCUCAAUUUUCCACCAGAUAUUGACAGCUUUCAUGAGAUGUUAAGGUCAUUUAUUUAACCAGCAAAUCAUAACAAAUAUCACCUCUGCUUUCUUUAAAUUUGUUAAACUCAUGCUCAUCCAAUUCUUGACAUCUUUACUUGUGGCUCAUAACCAUGCUAUAUCUAAGAAUAUAUAUGUAUGAGUGUACGAAUGUGUGGAAAAAGAUCAUGUUCUAUGAGUGAUAAAUGCUUAGUGCCAUACUCCAAGCUGUGUCAAGGUGUCUUCCUCUUUGGAGCUGCUUCAUCUCAAUGCACAAGCAAACCAAAGGAAGAGGUCAUAUUAUCAAUUCUACUCCUGCCCAUCACACUAUAAACUUUAUAUCUUCUUCACAUUAAGUUUUAUCUAUAACAGACCUGUAAGUUUUAGUACCUCCGUAAGAUUUAGACUUAGAACCAUGUGGAUUCCAGUUUAUCACUUCUAUCAAUUAUGUCUCCAUGACAAAACCACUGAUUACCAUAAUACCGCACACCCUAAAACACGUCAAUCACCCGCUGACAUUUAUAAAAAUGGCAAACUUCAUUUUUGUAAUCCAAGGGUUUUCACAUCGUGCCAUCUGUUCUGCUUCCUUCUUAAACACUGCAUAAUAUGUCUUUAACAUGACAGUUACAUAUUGCUUCUUUUCAGGCCAUGACCAUGAUGUUUGAGGUGCAAGAUCUCGCGGUUGCAUCCCCAGCUACUGUUUCUCGUUGCGGAAUGGUGUAUCUGGAACCCAGUGUCCUUGGUCUAAAGCCUUUUACUGAAUGCUGGCUCAAUACUAUCCCAGCCUUCAUGAAACCCUAUAGAGAGCAGCUGGACUCUUUAUUUUCUCGCUUUUUGAAGGUAACAGACCUUUAACAUAGGACACUUUAUUAGUAAACAUGUCUUAAGUUAUUUUAGUCCACAUAACAACCUUAUGUUAUAUAGAACCUGAAAUUUCCACUGCAGUGAAAUGUUUCAUUUUUGUCAUUAGUUUCAGCCACACCAAAUAUGUGGCCCCAUGCCUUGGUCAGAUAGCUCGGUGAAUAGUGACAUAGCCUUUGAAUCUCUACAGAGAACUGUUAUUUAUGUUUACGUUAUUAAUUGUUUGUGUUUGUGUAUAACAUAUUAAUUUUGUAUUACUGGCACUUUUGGAACUACAUGUGAAAGCGUAUAAUUUAACUUGUGUAUAUUAGCUGAAUAGAAUGUCUGGUUUGUAAACCCCAAAAUAAUUAACCAGCAUUGUAAAAUUCCAGAGAAUUUAGUGGCACCUAUAUGUCACACGCUAAUCAACACUGGGCAUUAAAAAAAUAUGUAUGUGUUAGUUUUUCAAAAGUCUGUUCUUUUUUUUUUGAUAAUUCUUUAUUUUCAUUUCAUAGGUCAAGUAAACAUUCUUACAAAAAGAAUAAAUGGUUAGGUGGGUAAGAACAGUGGGGGAUAACAUUGAGUUGUCCGUGGGUAGGUCUGGCAUUGAAGUCUCCGAGAGUGUGUGUUAUACCGUCUGUUGUGGACCGGUGUGUGGUGGUGUCUCGUGCGGUCUCAGAUUAGGCAAUGGUCCGUUUUGUCGCCUGGUAUGGCUGAGGGGGGAGGCAUAACUUGUGAGUCAGCUGAGCCAGAGAUGUUAGUCCAAGUCUGUUGGGGGGGGGGGGUGGCUGAUUUGGGGGUUGCUGUCUGGAGUAGAUUUGUUGGGAGAGGCUGAGUCAGCAGAGCCCAUUGGGUAUGUCGUUUUCUAUGUUCAAGGGGGCGAUGGGGCGGGUAAGGUGGGUGUGUGGGAGACUGGGGUGGGGGGUGUUGUGGGAGAGAAAAGGCGGGAUGGUGCUGCCCUCUUGAGUACCCCCCAAGGCCCUUUGUGGAAUGGGGUAGGUUAAGGGCGGUAGGGGGAGCGAGCCUCAGAUUUGCAUCAUGUUGUGGUUUUGCUUGGGUGGUGUUGGUUGGUGGGAUUGCCGCGGGUCACCAUGGGAGGGUAUUGUUCCCUUCCAGCCAUGGGUCCCACACUUUGUGGAAUGAGUUGGGGGUGUCAUGUGUUUGUUCAGUCAGCUUAUCCAUGUUUACGCUGUCAGUUAUUUUAGUGUGUAUUUGCAGUUGGGUUGGGAUGCGCGGUGUGGACCAUGUUUCCGCUAUUGCUCUUUGGGUGGCUAGGGCUAUUCUGGCAAUGAGUUUGUUUUCGUUACGAGUGAAGAUGUCAAUGGGUUUGGAGAGGAGAAGGGCCCAAGGGUCUAGAGGUACUGGUUUGUUAAGUAAUCUGGUUAAGAGUGUAGUUAGCGUUGUCCAUAGGGGAGCGACUUUGGGGCAGGUCCACCAGCAGUGGAGAAACGUGCCAGCAUCGCCGCACAGUUUCCAACAUAAGUUGUUGGGAAGUUGUUGCAUUGCCUUUAGGCGGAGGGGGGUGAGGUACCACCUAAAGAGCAUUUUGUAGGCCUGUUCCUUAUGGGUUACGCAGGUGGAGAUGGAUUUGGUGGCAGUCCAAAUGUCUGCCCAGUCAGUGGCGUCCUCAGGGGGCCCCAAGUCGCUCUCCCAUGCUGCGAUGUAUGGGAGUGCUAUUUGGGUGUGAUGCGUGGUUAGGGCUGUGUAGAGGUUUGAUAUUUGUCUCUUUCUGGCCGGGGAGUUGAGGGUGUCCCUCUCAAACCCUGUCAGGGCCAAGGUGGCUGCUAAGUGAACCGUGUCUGAUGCUGCAAGGCUACGGAGUUGGAGAUAUCGAAAGUAGUCAUGGGUGGUUAACGAUUCCGAAUUAGGAACCUCUGCAUAUUGUAGGAGUUUACCAUUGGGGUAAAGGUGUCCUAGUCUAACUAUGUCUCUGUCUUUGAAGUGGGCGUAGUGCCUUGGAGUAAGGCCGGGUGGAAACAUUUUAUUACGGAGGAUUGGGGUGAGGGGUGAUAGGCCAGUAGAUAGGUCGAAUUUGGCGCUUAGGCAAUCCCAGAGGUCCAAGGAAUGGGUAAUCGUUGGAGAGGUGGGGGGAGGCAGAGGCCUAUGCUGUUUUGGGAUCCACAUGUAUUGGGAGGGGUGGUCCUGACCAAAGAUGAGGUGCUCUAGGUCUACCCACCUCUUGUGAGCGGGGGGGAAGGUGCCAGUGUUGGAUUUGUGUGAGGUGGGCGGCAUGUAGAUAGUGUGUGAGGUUGGGGAGGCCUAGUCCUCCAGAGGGUUUUGGUACAUACAGUGUGGUUCUGCGGACUCAGGGUCUCCUGCCAUUCCAGAUGAAUCGGUCUAUUGCUGUUUGUAAGAGUUUGAGGUCGUGUUUUUUGCAGGGGAUGGGUAGUGCUUGGAAGGCAUAGAGGAAUUUGGGUAGGAUGUUCAUUUUAAUCGAGGCUAUCCUCCCAAGCAGCGAGAUGGUCAUGGGCUGCCAACGUUCAAGGUCCAGGAGUGCUUUGUGUAAGACAGGGGGGUAGUUGGUGGCGUAUAAGGUGUUGGUGUCGUUGGUAAUUUGGAUGCCUAGGUAUAUUAUGGUCGUUGGGCAGAUACGAAAGGGGAAUCUGCGUUUGAGGGUGUUCAUGGUGGAUGUGUCGAGAUUGAGCGGCAUAAGGUCUGAUUUUGCGGCGUUUAAUUGGUAUCCUGAGAUUGUUGAGUAGUCGUGUAGGGUUAAAAGUCUGUUCUUAAGUAACAAAAAUCCUACCUAUUCUUAGCUUCAGAGCUUGCUUUCUGCAGCUAAACUAAUCUGCCCACUUUCUUUUCCCAGCAUAAACUUCCUUGUUAGUGCUUGGCAGUGACCAAUCAAAUGCUUCUCAGAGAGAAGCAUUGUGGACAUAUGGAACAUAAAAUAGCAUUUUAUGAACACUUAGUCAAGUAACGAUUGAGUAAAUAUUCCACACACAUAUUUGGAAUAUAUAUAUAAAUAUAAAUAUAUAUAUAUAUAUAUAUAUAUAUAUAUAUAUAUAAAUGCAUGAAGAUAGAUAUUAGAAGAAAAUAUCUAUAACAUCAUUAAACAGUUGAAUAUUGAAUAUUUUACAAAUUAGUUUAAAACAUACAAAAUAAUGAGCUUCACAGGGCUGAGCAGGGAAAUAAGAAGGAAACGUUUGAAAGUAAACACUCUGCUGAAGAGCUUUGCUGCUGUCUAACUAAUAUCUAUCUCCCUAGGAAGUGUGAAGGGAAGUAGCAUGUGAUGUGAGCCAGGGGAGGUAUGGCUAGUGCUUAUUUACUUGCCAUCAAUAGCUCUGUAGAGCACAGGGGUAAUGGUAAACAAGUAAAACUUAAUGCUGGGAAACAUAAAUUGUAAUUCAUUUUAAACAGCUUAUUAUUCUGCGACAAUUUAUUUUUUUAACAAACAUUAACCAAGUUUUCUAUUGUUUUCAGGAUGCCAUCAUGUUUGUGCGUCGCUCUGUUAAAGAAAUCAUUGCGUCAACUGACAACAAUCUGGUCAUGAGUCUUCUUAAGCUGUUAGAUUGCUUCUUUCAACCUUUUAUCCCACAAGAGGUACUUAUAAGUCUGGCAUGGAUAGACAGGGUGUAGAGAGAAAGUAAGACAAUAUCUAUAAUUGAUACAAUGUGUUAUUCAUCACGGGUAUGGUGGUGGUACAUGCCAAUUUAAUUUACACCAAGUCUGUUCUUUACACUAUUACUGAACUAAUUCUGUGUUCCCAGGGACAAAAGAAAAUUGCAAAGGAGAAGCUUAGCCGCAUAGCGGAAUUGAUAGAGCCUUGGUUCUUCUUCUCUCUGAUUUGGAGUGUUGGAAUCACCGGAGACUCAAAUAGCCGUGUCCUGUUCAGCAAGUGGCUGAGAGACAAAAUGAUUGCUGAGAAGGUAAAGCAUUGUAAUAUACCCAUCUCUGACAUUCUGGAACAGGAAAUUAUGUAUUUCAGGAGACACACAAUGAAAUCCUGGGUUUCCAGCUAUACCUUUUCAUCCAGUUUGCUUUCAUGUUUUCCCACAAAAUGUCUCUUGUUUUUUUAUCUCCCUCCUUUGUAUUUACUCCUCUAGUAAACAGGGACUAGUUACACUCCUAUUUACAUCAACCAGAAAUGGCUUGAAAUUUUAAUCUGGUCCCAGAUCAGGCGAUAUGAAAUGAAAAACUAUGGGAUUAGAUCAUAUCUAGUGGGAUCCUGCUUUAGAUUUCCUCCUAUUUAUGUAUUUUUUUGUUCUUUCAUGAUAAGUUUCUCUACUCCAUGUUUGCUAAUCUGCAAAUCUCUUACUUCUCUUUAUUGUUACGAUGUCUCCACAGGCGGUAAUGCUUUUCCCAGAUCAAGGGCUGGUGUACGACUAUAAACUGGAUGAUGCAGGAAUUAGCAGUAGAGCCGAUGAGGAUGAUGAGGACGUUCAGAGAAAGGUAAGAGGCAUCAGUAACUAAUGGGAGGUUAUGCUGUACAAUCCCUGCCAUUUAGAUUCAAAGAAUAGGUUGACAUAUAUACUAUUCCCAAAGAGUAACUGUUUAAAAGCAGAUAGGUCUGUUUUUUGCUGAUGCUGCUUUGUUUUGCAUCUAUGGGAGCCUCUGUUUUCCCCUGUCCAUGAUUUAAUGUCGACACCAAUCAUUUCUAUUUGUUUAGGUGAGUUGGGUGAACUGGAUGGAAUCAUCUGCUCCUUUUUCCAUUGCCCAUGACAGCAGCUAUGCAGAUAUCAUUGUCCCAACUCUUGACACCGUUCGCAUGUCUCAAAUCCUUGGAAUGCUUUUGACCAAUAAAAAGCCAGUAAGUAUCUCUAGGUCCGUUAUAAUAUUAUGUAUUUCCAGGAACAUAGGUGGCAUUAUUUUAUUGAGGUGGGUGUUGGUUAGGCAUCAAAAAGAGACACUGGUAUAUUGUGAAGAAACAUAUUAGGCUUUACUUGUGUAGAUAAAACAGCAAACAUUUAGAGCAUAUCAGUUACUUGAAAUAGCAGCCAGCAUAGUGAAAGGUAGAGAGACAAAGAGCAAGUGAAAAAUCAAAAAGCUUCCAUUCCGUGAGUUCUAACAAGUUGAUAUACAUAUAUAAACAGUACUCUAAACUGCACAGUGCUAUCUACAGCUCAAGUGCUAAGCAUAUAUAUAUAUAUAUAUAUAUAUAUAUGUUAUGCAGUACAUGCUGUUGUAUCUCCCAACAUUAGGUCUUAUUUAAAAAAAUUCUCUAUAUGAUUGUGUGCAGGGCCGGUGCAAGGAUUUCUGCCGCCCUAAGCAAAGAUUAAUUUUGCCGCCCCCUCAUGUCACUCACUCACUGACAGACACGCACUGACAGACACACACACUCACUGACAGACACACAAACUCAUUGAAAGACACUCACUAACACAUACACGCACUCUCUGACAGACAUACACUCUCUGACAGACACACAAACACACACACUCACUGACAGACACACACACUCAUUGAAAGACACUCACUAACAGACACACACACACUUACUGACAGACAUACAAUAACUCACUGACAGACACACAAACACACACUCACUGACAGAAAUAUACUCACUCACUGAGAGGCACACAAACACACACACUCACUGACAGAAAUAUACUCACUCACUGACAGGCACACAGACACACACACUCACUGACAGGCACAGACACACACUCACUAACAGACACACACACACACUAACAGACAUACACUCACUCACUGUUAUUACAGAGGGUGCGCGAGGGAGGAGUGAGGCUGCUAGAACAGCCUCCCUCGCCGCAUGCCAGCUCCAUCUGCUCUCCUACUCUCCUCGCCCCUCUCACCGGCAUUUAGUGGCAGAGCAGGCACCUGCCAUCAAGGUAAGCGGGUGCCUGCUCUGCCUUACCUAGCUCUGCAUCAGGGGCGCCCUGAGGUAGCCAUAUGGCCACCUCCUCGGUCCCCUGUGACAGGGCUCCUCUCUGCCCGGCGCUGGGGGCAGCUCAAGAGUCACUCUCCCAGUGCUGCGGCCCCAAACAGGGGGAGCCCACCAGGAAACAUCCCAGUGGGUGCCCCCAGCAGGCCGGCACCCUAGGCGAAUGCCUAGUUCACCUAACGGUUGCGCCGGCCCUGAUUGUGUGACUAUGCUUCACAAUAUGGAUCCAGCAGAUUUAUUCAUGAACAUGUGACUAUGAACAUAGGCUGAACAGGUGAAUAUUGUAAAGCGCUACGGACUAUGCUGGCGCUAUAUGAAUACCAGUAAUAAUAAUAAUAAUAUGUACAGGGAUGUACGUUAUGUGUACUUGGUUACAUAAUAUGCAAUAUGCAGUUAUGUUGCUCUAUUUAUCUGCUGCGUUUCUAUGUUGUUCUAUGCUACCAGACCAUAGGUGGUAUACACGAGCCAGCUUUGUAAUUAUUCUGACAUAUCCAAUGGAUUUAUGGAUUUACUUCAUGUGUACAGGUUCUGUGUGUUGGGCCCACCGGGACCGGAAAGACUCUUACAAUAUCUGACAAGCUGCUCAAGAAUCUUCCACAUGAAUUUAUCAGUCACUUCCUCAUGUUUUCAGCAAGAACUUCAGCCAAUCAGACGCAAGAUCUUAUUGACAGCAAACUGGACAAAAGGCAAGGAUACUAAUCAAGUAAUGUAUGGAGAGAUAUCAAUAGAUGACAUAAUAGAGGUCCAGGCACUCCUUGGUUCAAGACAGGUACUUUAUUAGGAAUCACAACAGCAAUGUUUAGACCCCAAAAGGUCUUUGUCAAGCUUGACAAAGACCUUUUGGGGUCGAAACGUUGCUGUUGUGGUUCCUAAUAAAGUACCUGUCUUAACCAAGGAGUGCCUGGACCUCUAUUACUUUAUUCAUUUUUGGAAAUCUGGUGUUUGAUUCCGGUUCAGCAAGCACCCUGGCUCAGAUUCAUGGUAGUGAGUGCAGUUCCACACACACUACUAAAAUCCAUAGAUAAAAACCACUGUUAAAGCACUUUCUGCACGAUGAAUAUGUAUGUCCACAUAAUUCAUACAAUAAAAACAUAUUUGGCUUGUUUACAGUAUUUUCACAGUUUAAACAAUAACAUCAAACGAAAGUUGUUUAACGCCUUCGGGAGCAGUGACAUAUUAGAAUUGGUAGUUAACUGUCAGGAUCGACGUAGAACCCAAAUGUGCAGACUAUAACACAACAAAUAGACAAGCGGUAUACCCGUCCUUAGUGUGGCCGGGCUAACAUUAGAGUCCCUAUAAAGUAUACAGGAAUUUUUGUAGAUAAUUCAUUUUAAAGAUUUUUUUUUUUAACAGAUUGGGAUCAUUUGAAAAGCUUAUCCAAAAAUAUAAAAUUGAAGCAUUUAUCUUUUAGAAAGAUAAAUAAAUAAAAUAUAUAAACACAUAGAUAGAGCAUUACAUAUGAAAACACAUUUUACUGGUGAUUUGCAAUGUAUUUUUCUAUGUUGGGAAGAAGAUAGGUUACAGUCAAAUCCUGAUAGCAUCAUUUCUUGCUUUAGACAGUACACCCAAUUCAGAUUGUAGCAGCAAAUUAGGCUUUUUUAGAGAGUGCAACCAAUUUAGACUCUUGAUUUAGAGUAUAUAUACUGUAUAAACCCUAACAACAAAUUAUCCAUCAUAUUUAAAGAGCUAUUCAGGAAAAUUAGAUAUGUACAGUGUGCAUUACUAGCUCAAACAGCAAAAACAAAUACAGCAAGCUCUGACAUAUUUGUAUAUUCGUUGUGUCUUUACAGGAGAAAGGGGGUAUUUGGACCACCUCUUGGGCGCUACUUUAUCUUCUUUAUUGAUGAUCUAAACAUGCCUGCACUUGAGACAUAUGGAGCACAACCACCCAUUGAGUUGCUCCGUCAGUGGAUGGACCAUGGUGGCUGGUAUGACCGCAAGCAGAUAGGUAUAUGGACAUUUAUCAUUAUUAUUAUUGGCAUUUAUAUAGCACCAACUUAUUCUGCAGUGCUUCAUCAUAACUGCAUUUUAUUUAUGCAACUAGUGUCUUACUUUCUUUAAAUGUUUUCUAAGAAAAUAAAAUUAUAAUUCCAUCACUGCACAGUUAAGCAUGGAUUCACUUGGAGUUCAGUAAUCAUAUAACAGAAAUUUGGGCUUUUAAAGGUCACAAAAUUAGUUUAUGAAUGGUGGGAUGGGAGUUACAUAAAUGGACAUAUAAUAACUUAUAUUAGGCCAGGCGUUCCAAAAGCUUCAAGAGGGAAGCUGUAUAUGCCAAAAGGAGUUGGAGUCUCCAGUCUGCUUAUCACCAACUGAUUAAACAAUGUUCUAAUUUAGAACACUGCCAUGCAGAUACAAGCACUUAAAAAUAUAGGCAAGACUGACCAAAAACACGCACUAUCUUAUGUAAUAUUUCAAUUGUGCUUUCCUUCUGCAGGAGUUUUCCGUAAUUUAAUGGAUAUCAAUUUUUUAUGUGCCAUGGGACCGCCAGGUGGUGGCAGGAACCCAGUGUCCCCACGGCUUACCCGGCAUUUUAAUUUCUUGUCCUUCACUGAGAUGGAAGACAGCAGCAAGAGCAGGAUCUUCUCUACCAUCCUUGGUAGCUGGAUUGGUGAGUGAAGACUCAAUGACUUAUUAGAGUGGGGAUAGAGGCAGUAGUGUAUGGAGAAGGUGUGUAGUAGAUGGAGAAGAAAACAUAUUAAACAAGACAGGGAUAAGAUGUAAAGAAGAAAAAUACAUUAUAGGAUGGAAAAGUGCAUUACUGAAAGAUAAAUAAAGGAAAGUAUUUAUCGUCAUGUGAGUGAAGUCACAAACAGUCCUGAAAGGGUAAAUAAUAUAAGGGAGGCUCAGCUAUGUCAGAGAGGUGGUGCAUGUGAGGAAGGUAUGGCUGGUGUGAGUAAGGAGGGUUGUCAGAAAGUUAUGUGCCAUGUGGUGGAUUAAAUGAUGUGAGGGAGAUGGAGUCAUACAUACAUUAAUCAUUUUCGUCUUUGGUAAUCUGAGAAAGAUGGGGAACCAUUAAAGAGAAAAAGUCAUGGGACAUAGUGGGAGGUGGAUUAUUGGAUAUUGAUUCAUUUACAUUUGUAAAUGAAUGUCUAGUAGUGUGAGAGAGUGAGGUAUGUAAGAUUGGGCGAGAAAUAUGGAGAGGAUAGAUGUAAUAGAGAGAGAAUUGAGAUGUGAAUAAAGUUAAGGUGAAUAUGAUAGCUGUAAAGGUGAAAUAAGUGUAAGAGAUGUGAAUUUGGAAUUUCUAAGAUAAAUGUGAAGGUGGAAUUUGGAGAAAUUUUUUUAAGAAUUUGUGAGUGGGGGCUAGAGGAAUGAGGGAGCAUGUGGGAAAGGUGUGAAGGUGUUAUAUGUAGAGUUAUGUCAGGGAAUGACAAAUGAUGUAGAGGAGGUUGGAGGGGAAUAAAAUGAUUGAGUUAUGGCUGUAUGCAGGAAUGGAAAGAGUCUUGUUAGGCUGCCAUAAAGAACUGUUGGUGCAGUGAGAAUACCGAUAAUUAUCAUAGAUAGAUAGUGGUGUUAAUAUGUGAGAUAUAAAUUGGAUAUAUAAUCCAGAAAUACUGAGUGUUUCUUUUUCCUCGUUGGAUUACUUGUAGAGAUAUAUAGCAAUCAGUACCAGCAGAGUGUUAUGACAUCUAGUUAUCCUAGUUGGAUAGGAAGUUCUACUUCUUUUACAUGGUCGCCCGCAGCCCCACCUGAGUCAUUCUUUCUCUCUGUGACAAUUUGUAACAAGCUAUUUCACCCAUUAUUUUGGACAUUUGACUGCUUAUUGACCCGUGUUACCUCAUGUUAUCUCAUGUCUCAGAGCGGUCACUUUAUAUAAUCUCAAUGAUUGGCCAUCUGUUACCUUCCAGACUAUCACCUUGUGCCCUUCCUAAUGCCAUGCUUUUUAUCAGUGGUGGAGUUUGUUUUCGAUUUUCUUUCCUUACAGCAGGGGCACCAGCAGUGCAGCACCUGACGGGACAGUUGGUCGAUGCCACCAUUAAGAUGUAUAAUACUAUUAUAUCUCAGUUGCUCCCUACGCCAGCAAAAUCUCACUACACAUUUAAUCUUCGAGACUUGUCGAAGGUAUUUCAGGGAAUAUUAAUGGCAGAACCAUCUAAAAUGGAGGUGAGUGUUCUAAUUGCUGGUAUCCAUUCAGGAUGUACUGUAUUUAACCUAACUUAUCAUCAGUUAAAGUACUAGAGUUAAAGUGUAGCCAGGGCAAUAAUGCCAAAAAAAAGCAAAUUUCAGUAUUAUUGAUAAAUUUGAAGAGUUAAUAUAACCCUUUUGAAAGGGGCCAUUAUCAACGUAAUAUGCAUUAUUGGGCACUAUAGGGAAGGUCCCCCCCUUCAAUUAGCAGUACAACCUGCAAACAAAAGUUUUUACUAACCUGGAAUCCAGUACCGGGCAAACCUUCUGGCACUGAUUUACCACCCACCCCCUCCGACAUCACUGGGGCUCGCGCUGGUCCAAUCACAGGCUUCUCAUAGAGAAGUCUGGGAUUGGACCAUUUUGCUGGCUCAAAGCAAAUGCGCACGCUCUGGACGGGUGAGGGAAUAGAGGUAGGGAGUGAAGAGGAGGGAAGCAGGAGGUAGCAAUGUGGGAGCGGAGAGCCAUCAUCCUAUUGCUCGGCCUGCAAGAAGACAAUUUUCACGUCUGUUCAUAGUGUGCAGUGCUCGCUGUAAACAGACAUAUUUUAAGCACAGAAUUGACAUUAAACCGGGCUGCCAAUGUCACGUGUGCUGGGGGUGCAACUAGCACAAGUGCAAACAUCUCUGUAUGUGCAGUGGUUCGAGCUGAAACACUGCACAUACUGACUCCUACCACCAUGACCUCUUUAAAUCACUGAAAUGGUGAUUCUGGUUGGAGUAUCUCUUAAAGAAGUAGAACUUUUCACUAGGCAUUAAUUGUUAUUGUAACUAGAAGGCUAUUUAUGAUUAUGAAUUAAAUUAGUGCAUAAACUUUGCAAUCUCAACACAUUCUUCAUUUAUAUCUUAAAAUGUACUGGUAAUUGACAAUCCACCAUUGCUUCACAAGUAAAAGGUGUGUGGUGGUAAAGCCAAUGUCUUACAUUCUUGUAAUUCUAUCAGGACAAGUUUCAGCUCUUGAAGCUGUGGUAUCACGAGUCCUGCCGCGUAUUCCAGGACCGCUUAGUGAACCAGGAAGAUCGGAACUGGUUUGAUGAGCUAAUGAAGGAAAGAAUGCAGGAAUUUGGUGCAACCUUCGAAGAGGUUGUCCCUCAGCAACCUGUGCUGUUUGGAGAUUUUAUGUCUCUAGGGGCAGAUACAAAACCCUACCAGCUCAUUACCGACCGAGAAAAGGUAAUUAGGCAACAAUUUUGACUUCAGUUUUUCUACUGCCCCCUGAUUGCAGGGGGCUCUGGUACUGUUGGCUUCUUCAUGUUGAAGUAUGUUUGUGUUUCUGUAUGGGGCUUUUUAUGUGAAGAGUUCCAUUUGUUUUCUGAAUUUAUUUUAGAUUUUUUGUUGUUUUUUUUUUUUUUUUAUAUAGUGUUUUAGGGUCCCUGUGUCUUGUUCACUCAGUUAUAUGUGUGAGAGAUAUUGGUUUACUUGUAUGAUUAUAAAUAGCAUAAUCGUUGUAGCAAGGUUAUUCACUAAAGGUAGAAUUGCUGGGAAAUUCAAAGUCAAUUUAAAAAUUUAGACCAAAAAGCCACAUUAGAAAAACUCUUAAGUGUAUUUUCUUUUCAGGUACGUACCUUUCUCAUACAUUUUUUUUAAUCUAUGGGAAGCCAGUGAUCAUUAACUGAAACUCUCUAUCACCGCAGCCAAUGCCAAGGCUUCAGCCUUGAAACUUGGGGUCAAAGGAGGAGACACAGAAACCUGGAGGACAGGUGCUGUCUGCAGCACUUCGGUGGUUAAACUGUUCAUAAACGAUUUGACCCCUUUAGUUAUUACAGCAUCCAGCACCUCCAGGCGCCAUAAUAACUUAAUUGUAAUGAAGUUGUUAUGGUGCUUAGUGUGUUUUUUUAAAUCUGAAUUUCACUUUGAAUUCCCAGCAAUUCUCACUUCAGUAUAUUACCCUGUAUGUGUUUAUGUAUGUGUUCAGAGGUCCUAUUUCCUGUUUGUUAGGGGCACUAUUCUUGCGUGUUCAUACAUAUGUCUGGUAUGCUGCUACCUGUAUGUCUGUAGGCAUUUUGUUUGUUUCUGUGUGUCCGUAUUGGUGUGCCUGGUCUUCUGUAAGUGUUUUUUGUUGCUCUGCUUUUCUUCCAGCUCCAUCGUAUAAUUGAGGAAUAUAUGGAGGAUUUCAAUCAGAUCAACACCGCGAAGAUGAAGCUGGUUCUUUUUAUGGAUGCCAUUCAACAUAUUUGUCGAAUCAGCCGCAUCUUACGACAACCACUAGGAAAUGCUCUUCUGCUUGGUGUGGGAGGCAGCGGGAGACAGUCUCUAACUAGACUGGCAAGUCACAUGUAAGGAUAGUUCACCUUUAUUAAUACUGUGCCACAUAAAUACCCAAUGAACACUGUGCACAAUCUGCCUAUCAUUGAUGUGAGUCUGUUUUUUUGAAUGUCAGUCUUUUGUAUUUAAAUAUAAGAUAUCUAUAUUUGGCGAGUCUUUGAUGUUCUGGGUAAUGCAUCCUGUCUUCUCAGGUCAGAAUAUGAAUGCUUCCAAAUUGAACUGUCCAAAAAUUAUGGGAUGACUGAAUGGAGAGAAGAUAUAAAGGGUAUCCUGCUGAAAGCUGGUCUCCAGAAUAUCCCCAUAACAUUUCUCUUCACAGACACACAGGUUAGUAGAAUUUAACUUAUCACUUAACACAUAAAUGCUCAUUACAGCCAAACUCGUACAGUUUUCCUUGGCAUUGCUGGCUACACAUCACUGAUAAUCAUCUCAUUACGCUAAUAAAAAUCUAAUACAACUCAUGCUUAGUGAAACAAAAAAAACAACUUAUUUCUUAGUUACACAAGAGUGAGUAAUGUACAAGAUUCAUUCAAACUCUUUUCCUUCAACUUUAGAUUAAGAAUGAGUCUUUUCUUGAAGAUAUAAACAACAUUCUGAAUUCAGGAGAUGUUCCCAACUUGUAUGGGCUAGAUGAGCAAGACCAGAUUGUCACUGUCAUGAAACCAAUUGUGCAGGAUAUGGGACAACAACCAACCAAGGCCAACCUAAUGGCAGCAUACACCCGACGGGUCAAGGGCAAUAUCCAUACUGUGCUGUGCAUGAGGUAUUGGGCUACUCAGGGUGAUGCUGCACAUGAAUACUUUCCAUUAAAUAUUAUUCUCUUUUCUUUGACACAUUUAUGCACAUUGCUGCACAUGAUCUCCAAUUUUAUUGGCACAAUGCACUUAGCUCUUCAAUAUCUUUUCAAGAUUCUUGGAGUCUAUGUUUUGCUUAAAUACCCACCUCUUAAAGAUAAAUUCCCACCUAAUUCUUUGACUUUAUAUUUUGUAAACAUGCAUGUAGUCUCUCUGCCAUUUAUUGUAUUCUUACUAAUUUCUUCUUUACCUCACUCUCAGUCCAAUUGGAGAAGUGUUCAGGGCUCGUCUCAGGCAGUUUCCAGCAUUAGUAACUUGUUGCACAAUUGAUUGGUUUAAUGAAUGGCCAGAGGAUGCUUUAGAAUCAGUGGCAUCAUCAUUCCUGGUGGAGAUUCCUGAGCUUGACUCAAAAGAGUCCUCUGUUUCAGGCAUGGUGAGUUUUGCACAAUAAACAGGACAUUUUAUUUACAUUAUACAGUACAUUUUUUUCACCUUAAAAAUGAUUUUUUGGAGAUGUGACUUCCCUUUCCUUUUCCUUUGCCUCCUACACUACAGAUCAAGAUGUGCGUUGAAAUGCACCAGUCAGUAGCUGUAAAGUCAAAGCAAUACUUGGCAGAGCUCUCACGUCAUAAUUAUAUCACCCCAAAGAGUUACCUGGAGCUGCUAGGAAUAUACUCAAAGCUUAUUGGAAAGAAGGUGAUGGAGAUAAAAACUGCAAAGAACAGGAUGAAAAGUGGACUUGACAAGGUGUGACAUUAAAGGACCAGACCCUUCCAUUGUUUUAUAUUUUAUGUACCGGUAUCUUGUUGUUUUUUUUAUCACUUAGUCCCAUGAUCUCUUGAUUUUCUUUGUUACAUCUAUAAUUUGGCAACUUUUUUCCUUCAUGUGCCACAUUUUUUUUAAAAUAAUUUUUAUUUUGUUUCAAGUCAGAAUAAAACAGAAUCAUGGACAUCGGUUGUACAGUAUCAACAUUUUUGAGACAUAUGGUUGAUUUGUAGGUCGUAUAAUGGUAAAACAUUGCAUUAAAAUUAUGCAGUAAACAAAUAUCAGGAAUUUUUUUUGUAAAGAGGACCACAGCCUUCAAGUGUGUGCCCUGCAUUGUUUUUUUUUCUUGUUUUUUUUAAAGCUGUUUAUUGAGCAGGACAUACAUACUUAGAAACAUGCAGAAAGGUGCAACGUAUAGCCUGAACGCGCAGGUCCAAACAUUAAUGUCAAUACAAACAUAGUAUACAAUAAUAUACAUCAUUACAUCUUUCCGUAAUGCAGGUUAGAUAUCAGCGAAUUGUGCAUUGUACCGGAAUAUUGGCCACGACAGUGUCUUAAUCGACUCUCGGCCUCAGGUGGCAUAGUGGUGACUCGCAGACAUUGAAAUAUCAAUCAAUGAACAAUACCGAACAGAUAGAAAGUGUAUAGUAUAAGCAUCAUAUGGCUUUAGAUAUGCACAGUAUCUGUUAGUCACUUUGACCGUGAACAGAAAGUACCUGUCUACCCAUCUGUAUAGGGGCAAUUGUAUGAGGUUGGAGAAGAGAGAACAUAGGAUGAAAUCGCAGAUUGAGGGGAGAAAAAAGAGAGAGGAGGAGAAAAAAAGGGGUGGGGGGAGUUGAGGAAACAGGGGUGAGAAGGGGGAGGGGUGGGGUUUGGAGGUCAGGAGCUAUCCCAACUGCUUAGAGUUUGCGGUUCCCCCACCCUUUGGGGAUGGUUCCAGUGGCGGUUAGGUAUCAAGGGUGUGUUGCAGAGGAGGGUAGCCCUGAAACGGGGUAGGAGUGCUCAAACUCUAUCUCCCAACCCACCCCCGCAUCCCACACCGUCACGUAUGCCAACCACGACCGCCACCUCUCCGCAUUCUCCUUAGCUCCCAGCAGCGAUGCCUGCACUGACUCUCCCAUGUAUAUCUCCUCCACCCUGCCCUGCAUUGUUCAACAAAUCCACCUCUCUUUUUCCCCUUCUCAUCCUCUCCAAAAUUAUCCAAAGUUAGGACUUUGCUACUUCAGUGCUUCCAGUUUCUGUCAUAGGCCUGCUGUAUUCAUCAAAGCCCAGACAACGGCCCACAGUGAACUGACUACCGCCACAGCACUGCCUUCUCCAAUGGGACUCCUCUGACACUAGGAAAAGUCUAAUAAAGGCUUUUGUAAAAUUUAGUUUUUUACAUAGUUAAAGAAUGAGCCACUUAGUGAAUUUGAAAAUUCAAGAAUGGGUCACCAAGCUAAAUCAAUAAAUGUAUUUUGAGAUCUUGUUAGAAACAUUGCCAUAAACCAUUCUCACUAUUUUUACUCUCUUUCCACAGCUCCUUCACACAGCUGAAGAUGUUGCAAAGAUGCAGGAGGAACUAGAAACAAUGCGGCCCCUGCUGGAAGAGGCAGCCCAGGAUACAGUGAUUACAAUGCAAAAGAUUGAGGUGUGUUUUGAUGUUGCACUAUAUCUGCCUCAGACAAUUGUUUGGUACCACUGUUUUCUGUUUAAGUUAUCAGUGCUUAGUUAAGGGCGAUGCUAUCUUUUACUGUCUUUUCUUAUCCUCCACGUCCUGCCUUUUUAUCCUAUAGUUACACCUAUAUGAGAUCAGAUUAAUUGCCAAAGCUAUUUAAAAGGUAGAUAGAUAGAUAGAUACUUAUUGCUUUGCAUAUACAACUCUGGCAGCAAAUUCUGUUUAAAUUCUUUUUGUUCCACCAAAUCUUCUCUCAGGAAGACACAGUUGUGGCAGAGGCCACUCGUCAAUCUGUACAAGUCGAGGAAGCUAAAGCCACAGAAAAGGCUCGCAUGGCUCAAGAAAUUGCGGCUGACGCUCAGAAAGAUCUCGACGAGGCUCUUCCCACAUUGGAUGCUGCCCUGGCCAGUCUGAAAUCACUCAACAAAAAUGAUGUUACUGAGGUGAGGAGCUCAAUGGUUAUGGUAGCUAGAUGUUGGUUGACCUAAUGAGAACUGUGAAUAGAUGUGAAGAAUGGAAGAAUAUGAGGAGAAGGCAAGAAUAUGAGGUGCUGGAGAAUACCUAGAAAGGUAGAGAAGAUAAAGGUAAGAAAAUAACAAGUUAAUUAAAAGCUGAAUACUUAUAGAUUGUCAGCUUUAGACAGAAGUUAAUGUGUGUUAAGAGGUUAUUGAAAAGAAGGAGAUAAAGUAGAUGAUUUUAUGAGAAGAGCAUGUGUUUAUACUGGAUCUUGGCAAAGUACUAGUAAAGCAUCACGACAAGAAAUAUUAGAGAACAGAUGUGUAACGAGAGUGUAAAAAGUUCUACUGUGUUACCUUAAUAACUAUAUCUAGGCAGUGGUGUUCUCUGCCUUUCUGUAAUAAUAUAUUUAACCUGCCCUCUUCAGGUCAGAGCUAUGCAGCGCCCUCCUGAGGGAGUCAAACUUGUAAUAGAAGCUGUUUGCAUCAUGAAAGGAGUUAAACCAAAGAAAAUUGCUGGAGAUAAACCCGGAAGCAGAAUAGAUGAUUACUGGGAGCCAGGAAAGGGUCUACUGCAAGAUCCUGGCAAAUUCCUAGAGGGCCUGUUUAAGUAUGACAAGGUGAGUUACGGUACUUGUAUACAUCAUAUAAAAUAUGGUAUGCAAGCUGAGGAAUUAAAGCUGUAGAAAAAACAUGGCAAACUAAAGUUUAUAAAAUAGAAAGAUAGACAUGUGGUGAUAAUCCGCGUAACUAUGGAAUCUCUAUAUUUAGCCAAGAAAAUCUCGAUUUUCAAGUCAAAUUUCCAAGAUAAUGUUUAAUAUCAAAAACCAUUGCAGUGGUUGAAGCAUUGCUUUGAUUCACUUUGGGCACUUAAAUAAAGAGACACCACUUUAAAGGAUGUGCUGAAUUUAUUUUUCUUAAUUUUGGAUGUAUAUACUAGCUUUGGCAGAGUCAGAUUCCUUGCACCCUGGCUGGCAGGUGAUGUUUCCCUGUUUCUGUAUUUACUUUCAGUUUUGUCCUAAUAGGCACACUAGGAUGUCUAUUCGUGACCUCUUCUCCUGGCAUAUUUUCUGUUACUCCUGAUAACCACUUCUAUUUUACUGAUCGAUCCUGAUAUUUCUGGUAUUAAGUAUGCUACACUUAAUCUAUUAUCAAUGCCAGAGGUCUUAAUAUUCCAGAGAAAAGAUUCCAUGCCCUUAGACCUUUUUAGAGUCAGAAAGCUCAAAUUGUUUACGUUGAAGAGACACUUUUUUGGGGGGGUUAAGUUUUGGUACCUAUUUUAGGUUCACGUUUUGUACAUUAGCAUGUUUAGUUUUUUAGUAUUAUUUAUUUAUAAUAAAAUUUAUUUAUUUUUUCCUUUAUUAUUUAUCAGUUAAGUGCUUUGUCUGCCGGUUAUCUUCUGUGUAGAUUCAAACACUCAUCUCUCAAUUUUUUGAGUAGAUAUCUAUACCAUUUAGGUACACUUCCUGUGUUCCUUCUAUGCUAGCAACUAAAGUCACAGAAGGAGAUUAACGUAUGCAGGCUAGCAGGCAAAGCUUACUGAGCAUCAUUAGUAGGAAGUAGAAGGAAAAACAAAGCGAACAAAAGGAACAAAUACCUGCUAAACAUGAAAGGGAAAUUGCUAUGCAUGCCAAAUACUAUAUCUAAUGUUUAGCUUGUGUUCAGACGAUUUCAUUGACAUUACUAACCCCUGCACUGCUCUACCACAACCUAUUGGAGGCUUAAAGAAAUACACAGAAGUAGAUAUCUCAGUUUUUCUCUGACAGUGACACAGAUUUAAUCUCCCUGUUUUCCUUGUGGAAGGCACACAAAUGUGUCAUGAGAGAGUUUUUAUCGCUAAGGGGGCUGAGCCCAAGAGGGCCCAGACAGCCCAGCUUUAUCACAUAAUAGAGGAGAUUGGGCAACAUGAGGCAAUACACAAAAGGACCACUGAUCCUUCUCACUUGUCCACUAUUACCAUGUUAGGGAGAGAUCUCUCCUGACUUCUCAAUGCCUCGGAUCUUGUAGUCCUUCUUUUACACUAAUGCUAAGAAAUACAGAGCAUUAUUUGACCCACAAUUUCAAUAAAAUCAGAUCUAUAUAUCCAGAAUCUGCAAUACCAGAAACCAACUCUCAUAUCUACCAGACAAGACAGCAGAGACAUGACUUCUCCUAGCUUCCACAAACAGUGCCCCAUUGCUGAGAAAGAACUGUCCCAUGCCACUUUGCAGAUAUCUUGUUUGCUUGCAUUAUUACAACAUUUAAUUUAAUUUAGGAUCGGCUUUCUAUUUGGUCUCCAACAUUUCCCUAAUCCACAAAGAGGAUGUAGAGCAUCGCUCAAACUAUUGGCACAUCUCACUCCUAAUUUGUGAGUUUAAAUUGUGUAUGAAAAUUCUUUUUAGAUGCCAACAACCUUCCCUCCUUGACCCGAUUCAGAAGGAUCAAGUGGGUUUUGUACUGAUAUGGGAGGCAAGCUAUAACACAAUUCAAAACUUGUCCAUAGUUCGUCUCGCCUUUCGUCUGCUGUAUUAAUGUCCCUGGAGUGAUAGCCGUGCAUUUAUGACCUCAUUGUUUUGUAUUCUAAAGUACAACAGAUUUUGGACUCUGAAAAUGUGCCCUAAUAAUCAAUGUGUUCACAUUUAUGGAUGCUUUACAGAUAUGUCUAAAAGAUAAUGCAAUGUGUAUAUGAUUUGCUCUGAUAUUGGGUACAAUAUUAUUGUGCACUCACUUUCUUUACCUGUAUUUAAAUUUUUUUAAUAAAAUUCAGGGAAUAAAAACAAAGUUUCUAGAAUUCUCAAGAAAUGUGUGACUACAACAAUGAUUAUGGAUAAUUAAAUAUAUUUAUAUGAAAUUGUAUCUACGUCUCUAGGACAAUAUUCCAGAUGCAGUCAUAAAAGCCAUUCAGCCCUACAUCGAUAACGAAGAAUUCCAGCCUGCAGCCAUUGCUCGGGUCUCCAAGGCUUGUACCUCUAUCUGUCAGUGGGCACGGGCCAUGCACAAGUAUCACUUUGUGGCUCGAGGUGUAGAACCCAAGCGAGUAAGUACCAAACGGCUACAACUCCACUAAAAAGCCAGAGCUGACACACAUUUUACUAUACAUGCUACACUUCAGUAGACAGCAACACCUGCCUCCAUAUAGCAUAACAUCAUCUGUAAUAUCGAAUGUUAUAGUAAAUUGCCAUAGUGACACAAUUAAAUCUUACUAAUCUGUCCAUAGCAAGCUCUACGGGAAGCUCAGGAAGAUUUAGCAGUGACCCAAAAAAUCCUAGAUGAAGCCAAAGCUCGUCUUGGUGCGGUAGAGGAUGGGAUCGCAACCUUAGAAGCAAAGUACAAAGACUGCGUGUCCAAGAAAGAAGAGCUGGAACAUAAGUGUGAGCAAUGUGAGCAGAAAUUGGGUCGCGCUGACAAGGUAAGAAAGCCAGAUAUAUAAAUGUCCAAGACAAAGGGCAAUCCUUCUGUGAAAGCAACUCACGAGGCUGCAAGAAAACUGUAUAUAAAUGUAUAACAGAUUGAUGUUUAUUAUGGUGUGUGAAUCUAGUAAAAAGGCACCUACCAUCUACACAGCUGUUAGUAUUUAGCACGGACACGUAAGGAUUCAUGUGAUUCCCCUCAGGGUGCCUGUGAAACAGAUCUAUCAUGUUUUCUUGGACACAUAUGACUCCUACAUACUGAUGGGUACAUACUGAAGUGUAAAAUGCUUCAGUACAGUAUGUAGAAUUCAUAUGCUACAGGAACGAAAUUGAUUCAUUAAUCAAACUGGAAUCUCAAAGGAAAUGCCUUGUUUGAGAAAGCUAAAUACAAGAGGGCAGCGAUUUUCAUGUACCACCGGACAGUGUGCAGAAGUAGUAUGUGUCCGGAAACAUUUAAUGAAACUGGUAACACUACAUGUAACAGAAGUAAGCCUAUAUGAAGGAGAUGGGCACACCUUUGCAAAACCUAUAUGUGAUAUAUGUGAUCAAAUAGGAUAUAAAGCACUAUGUGAUACAAAGGGUUCAGGAAGAUCAGGUUCAUAGGUAUUCAGUGGAGGAUUAAAAUUAGGUUAUAAAGCUAGGUGUCAUGAUCCAUAAAAUCAUGCAAAGAGACCCUCAUAUAUAGCUGUUAUCUAUGGGCAAGUUUUAAAUAGCUGUCUGUCAGAAGUUAAUAAGCAAAAUAAUAGCUAUGUAGUCACGCAGCAGGGUCUAUGAAUUUGUCAUAAUACUUGAGAAAGUGUCAUUUGCCUUUAAAUACAAAACAUUAAGUUAUGACAUUUGGUCAUGAGACUCCUACUAAACCAGACAUUAGUUCAUGGGCAAUCUGUAUCUAGUUUACUUAACCUGAGAUGUCUGCCUUUCUGUGAGAAGAUAUACUAAAUACUUCAGAUCCCCUGUUAUUCAAGGAUUAAUGGAUUGUUUUCUUUAGAAAGUAAAAACACAAACAAACCCAACUGAUGUAAAUUGAUAUUCAUACUUUUUGUUUCUAUUCACCAUGUUGCGCAUAUCCGUGUCUGCUCACUUUACUGUCUCGUGGCAUCUUUCUCUGUUGGCUUUAUGUUCUUGUCAGUCAUCUCUCGCUCUCUUUCUUCCUUGUCCGUGGUGAUAGCUCAUCUCUGGCUUGGCCGAGGAGCGCCAACGUUGGCAGGAUACCGUUGUAGAUCUAGAGAACCUUCUGAUCAAUGUCACUGGAGACCUGCUUUUGUGCGCUGGGUUCCUUGCCUAUCUGGGGCCAUUCACGGUGAGAAAACCUACAUGUGAUACCCUUUGUGUAUUAAUUUAUACCCAAAGCAUCUUAUAUCUUUUAUGCAUGUGCGUCUAUGGAUUUGUCUAUAUAUUUAUACUAAUACAUAUUACGGCUGAUCAACCUAUUGUUCCUGUAACAUUUUGUACUUGUUUCAUUUAUUGUUAAAUUUCCUCCUCCUAUAAUAUUGUAAAGUGCUGUGGAAUAUGUUGGCGCUGUAUAAAUCUAACAAAUAAUAAUAAUACUUCUAGUGUUGCAUAUUAGUAAAAAGUUGAUUCUGGGUAUUACUGUGCAUUGCUACUACUGUAAAUGUGUUUUAUUGGCAUGUAUACAUUGAUCAUAUAUGGGUGCUGUUUUUUCAUGUAUAUCAUUUGUCUCUAUAGGGUCCGUAUCGAAUGGCACUUUUUGUCCAGUGGACUAAGAAAAUGAAGGAAUUGAAAGUUCCAUGCACAGAUGAGCCAUCCUUGAUAGGGACACUGGGUGAUCCAGUAAAAAUUCGCUCCUGGCAGGUGAAAUAAAUCUAAAUGACAAGAAAUCGUGAUGUACUGCAUUUACUCGAGAAACUGUAGUACAAUGGGACAAUAGGUCAUAGUGAAUGUGGCUGAUGAGUCUGAGAUAGUGAUCAUGAAGAAUUAACAGAUCAUCGAGAAUGUUUUCUAAAUGCUAAAGGGUGUUAUGAAUCCUUUGUCUUCCCAGAUUGCUGGGCUCCCGAAUGACAACCUAUCUGUGGAGAAUGGAGUAAUAACUCAGUAUGCCCAGUGUUGGCCUCAUUGCAUUGACCCUCAAGGACAGGCUAACAAAUGGAUCAAAAAUAUGGUAAGGAGAUAGUGAACUAUCUGGGAAUGUCUGGGUUAAAACAAGUAAAGUCUCAUUGGUAGGCCUGGAGAGCAAAGUGAGGUUUAUGUAGAGAAUUACAAAGUAGAGAUGCUCAUGCAGAGGUAGCAAAAGGUGAUCUGUAUGAUAAGGAUCUAGACUUAAAGAAGAGUCAACAUGAAUUGCAUAAAAAUUCAUAUUUUUUGUGAUGAACUAUACAAGAAUAUUACUGAUAUAAAUUGACGAUAAACUGUUUGGAUGCACCAAAUGCAAUAUACAAAUAUACUUUGCAAAUGUCCAACUUUCUGUUUUAUGGCUACACCCUUGCAGGAGAAGAAUAAUUCCUUGGAUGUUGUGAAGCUCAGUGACCGUGACUUUUUAAGAAGUUUGGAGAAUGCAAUACGUUUUGGAAAACCAUUUUUGAUGGAGAACGUUGGAGAGGAGCUAGAUCCUGCUCUAGAACCUGUGUUACUCAAACAAGUAGGCAACAAACACUUUAUCCCAAUUUGAUGCACUGCCACCCAUUUUUUUGAAAUGGGCUGCUUAUCAGAUAUUGACAUGUACCAGAUAUUUCACCUUCACCUCUGUACUGAUCAUUUACUGUUUUACAGACAUACAAGCAGCAGGGGAGCACAGUACUACGUUUAGGUGACACCAUCAUCCCAUACCAUGAUGACUUUAGAAUGUACAUCACCACCAAGUUACCGAAUCCUCAUUAUCCCCCGGAAAUAAGUACAAAGGUUACACUUAUCAACUUCACUCUCUCUCCAAGGUAACAUUUUAAGUUAUUUUUAUUAAAAAUAAUAAAAUAAAAUAUAUAUAUUUAUAUAUAUAUAUUCAUAUCCAUAUAUAUGUCAGUACAGCUCUAUCUAUCUUGAGCUGUCUUCACCUCUUCUGUAAAUUAUUCCUUUUUUUAAAUAUAUAUAUUCUUUAGUAAAUAUUUUUAUGCUAUGCAAUAAACGGCCUUCACUGAUUUUACAUAUGGGCAAAACCUGUUAUUUAUAGAUCAAAGGAAAAAAACAAGUUCCACCACAACAAGUUAUGCUUCAUAUUAGGUUUGGGAUAAGAAUAAUUAAAGGCCAUCAAAUGUAUUAACAAUCAUACAUGUACAAAUACAUUACAUUACAUUGGACAAGAAAAUACAAACUUUUAUCUCUAAAAUGCCCGGGAGAGGAGAGAAUUUACUAUAUAAAGGUUUUAAAUAUAUCUGAUCAUUUAGGCUAAUUUAUUAACUACCUUCACCAAUUUGUUUGUUUCUUAUCCUGUCCAUUGAUAUAAACCAAAAAAAAAUAAAAAAAAUUUAAGUUUAUUUUAAGAAUCUUCUAUAAUUACCUAUUGGGCUUUUCUGCUAGGUCUAUUAGUUCCCUGCAUGUGUUCCAAAGAGAUGACUUCUUACUCAUAUUUUGUAUACUAAACGUUUGUUCCAUUUUAAUCUGGAAAUUAAGUUGAUUUUUAACUUGUACCCAAGGGAUGGGGUUUCCAUUUUUUCAGUUUCUAGCUAUAACUAUUUUUGUGGCUUAAAAUAAAUGAGUUAUUGUUAAUUUGAUCUCCAGGGGCAUAGGGGGCUAGUUUAGAUGAAGUAAAACUACUAAUGGGGAUAGUAUCAGUUCAAAAUUUAGAUUUGUUAAAAUAAAUUGAUGUAAUUCUUCACAUAUUUUUUAUUUUAUUUUAUACAAUCCCACCAAAUAUGUAAAUUUGUUCCUGUAGAUAACCCACAUCUCCAGCAUAGAUGAUCUUCUGUAGGAAACAUCUUGCUCAUUUUUUCUGGAACUAAAUGCCAUCUGCUAAUUACUUUAAAAUGGGAUUCUGUUAGAUUUAAAGAAUGUGUGAUUUUAAAGACAUUUAUCAACGAAGAACCCCAAUUUUCCAUUUCCAUAUUGAUGUUCAGUUCUUUUUUCUAAGUAGUUAAAGCUGUAGGUAUCUUUUCUUUAUUCAGGGAUCUGCUCAAAAACAAAGCUUUUGAGAACAGUUUCUCUAAAGAAUGUGAAUUGAAUAUUUUUUAUUAUUCUAUUAACUGAAGAAAACUCUGAUUUUUAUUAAAUGGGACCUUAAAAACUUUUAAUUCUUAAACAGUUGAAUAAUUCUUUUGAUGGCAAAUUAAAUUCAUUCAUCAGUUGUAGAAAAGGUUUGAGUACUUCAUUUGUUAAUAGCUGUCUAAUAAGUCUAUAAGAGAUAUAGGGCGGUAAUUUCUAACUGAUUUUGUUUUAGGAUGGGUAAGAUGUUUGCCCUGGCCAUUUCUGCCGGAAAUGAACCUAUUUUGGCCGCAUGAUUAAAAGUAUUUGUUAAAUGGGGACUGAUCUGUUCUGUAUAUAACUUAUAAAAUAGAUUACUAAAUCCAACUGGACCUGGGGUUUUAAAUUUUUCUAAAUAUAGCUUGUUUUACUUCUUCGGUAUUUAUCUCUUUGUUUAAAGAAAGUCUAUUUGAAUCAGUAAUUUUAGGUAAAUUUGAAUUGUUAAGAUAUUGUUUAAUAUCCUCAAUAGUAGUAGUUGACCGUAUAUUAUACGGUUUACUAUAAAACUAAUUUAAUUGUUGACCUAUUUCAUUAGGUGUUUCUAAAAUUCUAUUAUUAUCUAUAAGUUUUUCCACUUUGUUUCCACUAUAAGUUUUUCCAAAUUAUUCCAAGAAUCUGUAACUAUUUCUACAAACAUCUACUUACUCAGCAUAAAGACUGUUGGUAAGGACUUUAUGCACCUUCUGCGUACAUUGCUUACAUAUGCAAACAGAUGUAAUUUACCCUGCUGUCAGUGUGUCUUGAGCUAGUUGCAAGACAAACACCAUCAUGCCCAUUUUAUAGCUAUAGCCUCUCCUAGGCUCCUAACAUAUGAUAGAAGCCUCUACCCCUUCUGUCUAACCUAGCAUCUUCCCCAAUCCAAUGUGUUUCUAGUUUAUUUGCUAAUGUUUCUGUUGCCUCCCCGACAGUGGCUUGGAGGAUCAGCUACUUGGGCAAGUGGUGGCUGAGGAGAGACCUGAUUUGGAAGAAGCUAAGAAUCAGCUGAUUUUAUCAAAUGCUAAGAUGCGUCAGGAGCUGAAAGAAAUUGAGGACCAGAUUUUAAUGCGCUUAAGCUCCUCACAGGGAAAUCCUGUAGAUGAUGUGGACCUCAUCAAAGUUCUGGAGGCCUCUAAGCUGAAAGCUGGGGAAAUCAAAGUAAGCAAAAAUUAGAGGACAAAGAGUCUGUUAUUGAGAUUGAGUAACUGUGUGGCAAUCAGAUAAUACAUUAUAUAAAUGUCUCAAUAGUUAAUAACUAGUGCACAUGUUUAUUUCUUCACUAAACUGGGAAUUGUUGAGAACAGACAAUGGAAUAGUCGAGCUUGAAAAUUGGCUGAGUUGAGUUUAGUUUUUGUGCCCUAAUGCUUUCUUUGCAUAUACUUAACACCUUCAGAUACUGAGAGCCAAACACCCAAAAGCAUGUUUUGUAUAUGGUGUUUAUUGCAUAUAUUAGUGUACAUCUUUUUCAUUAUAUUAAUGUUCUGAUUGAUGAUCUUCCAAAAUGCUUUGUGUUUUCUCAGUCAAAAAUGGUUGUGGCAGAGCAGACGGAAAGAGAUAUAGACAUCACCAGGCAUCAGUAUGUCCCAGUGGCUGUCCGGACACAAAUCCUCUUCUUCUGUGUCUCAGAUUUGGCCAAUGUGGAUCCUAUGUACCAAUAUUCGUUGGAGUGGUUCCUUGGCAUCUUUUCAGCAUCUAUUGCUAACUCUGAAAGAGCAGGUAAUGUUACAGAGUACAAACUGCCUUCCAUGCACAAGAAAAAAAAAGUAAAUAGUGGGGGACAUAAGACAUAGAGUGGAAAAGGGGAGAAGUGGUUAUGAGGGAAGGGGUUGUGGACAAGAUGCCCAAUUACGGGAGGUGGUGUGAAGAGCCCAGUAUUUUCAUCUUCUCUGCAUAUUAAGGGUUGUUUCUCACUUGUUAUUUAUUUAGAAAAAUGCACAUUAGGUGCAGGGCAGAAAAUGCGUUUAGAAGUGGUUAACCAGGGUAUAACCCCGGAGUUCAAAUAUAGAAAACAAAUGAGAACUGGUCUCAGACAAAAAACUGGUACCAGGACUCGCAAUGUUACCACUAUAGAUAUUCAGGUCCUAUCUGUAGCAAAAUAAAAAAAAAACCAAAAAAAAACUUUAUUGACGUAUAGUAGUGGCAAUGACGUAUAGUAGUGCCACAUAAAAUAAAAAUGAACCACAGAUAAACACUUAAUUGUGAUAGUGUCACACACAGGGAAAAUCAAAAGUGAUUAAAAAGGGAACCAAUUGCUUUCAAGGAUGUACAUAAGGUAGUGAAAACACUAGAUGUAAUAUUUAAUAGAGUGUAUCAUGAAAUUAUUGUAACCAUAGGCGUGCGCACGGGGUGUGCUGGGUGUGCCUGGGCACACCCUAGUCCCCGCGGCACGCCUGUGAGUCCUGCAGGAACGCGUGGGAACGGCGUUCCCGCUGUUUCUGCAGGCACUCUGCCGCCCCCAAAUGCCCUCCUCCUCCCCUGUGUUCCCCCUGUCAUUGGGGGGGUUGCCAAGAGGUGAUACCCCCCUCCCCCGUCGCGCACGUGCCUCAAUCUCAGCCGCGGCGAGGGAGCUGUGUGCUCUCUGCUCCCUCUUGCCGCGCGGGCUGGCUGUCUGCUGUAGCUGGGAGCCGGAAUAUGACGUCAUAUUCCGGCUCCCUGCAUCAGCAAACGGCGCGCGGCGAGAGGGAGCAGAGAGCACACAGCUCCCUCGCCGCGGCUGAGAUGGAGACAGGCGCCCACCAUACUGGAAUGUAUGUGUGUGUGUCUGAGUAUGUGUGUGUAUGUGUGUCUGUGAAUGUAUGUGUGUGUGUCUGCGAAUGUAUGUGUGUGUGUCUGAGUAUGUGUGUGUCUGUGAGUGUAUGUGUGUGUACGCGUGUGUAUGUGUGUAAGUGUGUGUCUGCACGUAUAUAUACACAAGUGUAUAUAAUUUCUUUGGGGGGGUGGGAAUCUUGGGAGAGUUCCCACCCUUUAUUCCCCAGGACUUGACCCCUCACACAAACAGCACACUCACACACAGCACACUAACAACACCCUCACAAAUACAUGACACAAACAGCACCCACACAAAUACAUGACACAAACAGCACCCUCACAAAUACAUGACACAAACAGCACCCUCACACAGCACACUAACAGGAGCCUCACACACAGCACACAAACAGCACCCUCACACACAGCAAACAAACAGCACCCUCACACACAAACCACACCCUCACACACAGCAAACAAACAGCACCCUCACACACAAACCACACCCUCACACACAGCACACAAACCGCACCCUCACACACAGCACACUACCAGCACCCUCACACACACAUCACACUAACAGCACCCUUAUACACACAGCACCAUCACACAGCAGUGUAUGUGUGUGUGUUUGUGUGUGUACAUAUAUAUAUAUAUAUAUAUGUAUAUAUAUAUAUAUAUAUAUACAUACAUACAUGUGGCGUGUGUUUGUGCUUUAGGGUGCACACCCUAAUGCAAUAGGCUGCGCACACCAAUGAUUGUAACCAAAAGUUAUCCACCUGGCUGUUUGAUACAAAAACAGUGUUGCCAGGUUAAACAGUGUCACUUAAUAGUAUCUGUUUCCUUAUGAAUUCUAGGCUAUAUUAGGUGCACAGUAGCUAUAAUAAAAAAUAGUAAAUGAGAUAGCACUUAACCAGUUGUAAGCCAGAUUACAAAUCCAUAAGUACUAUUCAACAUAACAAGAUGCCUCCUAAAAAUAUCCAAUCUAGUAUAAUUUAGAAUAAAUGCCAGGGGUAAAAAAUAUAUACCAGAUAAUAUAUCACAGUAAUACUGCAUUUGUAUCUAAUAUACAGCUACCACAGAAAUAGAUAGGGAACUGGGAGAUGAAUAGGGAGUAAAAAGGUCUAGUGUGGGAAAAUACCCAAUAAAGUUUCUUGUUUCUUGAUAAAUAACAUACACCAAUCCACCUCCUCCACCCGCCUUACUACUUCAUGUCAGUCCCCCUCAGCAUCUAAACUAAUAGUGAAUAAAGAAAAUUACAUGAAAGCAAAAUUAAUUGGAAUCCCUGAAUAAAAGAAUGAGUAGCAUCCUCUCAAUGCACGUUUCGGCACUCAAAUGUGCCUCAGCCUCUGAGAUGAAGUGGUCUGGGUGACUAUAGUGUCCCUUUAUGUGACACUGUUUAACCUGGCAACACUGUUUUUUGUAUCAAACAGCCAGGUGGAUAACUUUUGGUUACAAUCAUUUCAUGAUACAAUCUACCCCCAAGCUCUUAAAUAUUACAUCUAGUGUUUUCACUACCUUAUGUACAUCCUUGAAAGCAAUUGGUUCCCUUUUUAACCACUUUUGUUUUUCACUGUGUGUAACACUAUCACAAUUAAGUGUUUAUCUGUGGUUCAUUUUUAUUAUUUGUGGCAUUACUAUACGUCAUUGCCAUCUAAUAAAGUUUUCUUUUUUUUCAAUUUUGCUACACAUAGGACCUGAAUAUCUAUAGUGGUAACAUUGUAAGUCCUGGUACCAGUUCUUUGUCUAAGACCAGUUCUCACUUUUUUUUUUUAUAACAACCAGCAUAUGCACCAUCAGCAUUUUCUUCCCCAAUAUGAACUUAAUAUAUGGGUUCUCCGUUUCAUAUUCAUACAUUCUUGUAUAAACAUAAACACCACUGAUAACAACCUUGUACAACACAUGGCAAGCAGUUUGUAGCUGUUUCACCUUGUCCUCACUGAAUAUUCUGUUUUGCUUGAAUAAUGGAUCUCAGAGGCAUGAACAGUACUAGACUUCUUUCACAUGACGACUAUCAUCAGUGUCACACAUUAACACCCUGUAUAAUCCUGUGCCCUGCUCUGCCCUGUUUGCUACACAAAGCCCAGAAUAUCACGGGAAAGGUAUUCACAGAUGAUACAGUAAUGUAUACAGUCAGACAUGUCUCACAGGCCUCUUUCACCCCAUGUAACACUAUGGUAUUGUCAUGUUUGUACAAUGGAUAAAGGCAAAACAGUGAAGGGGUGAGAACUGAAAUAUAUAUUGGAGUAAUAGAAAUAGAUUAAUUUAUUGAUAAUAGGGAUAUGGCUGAUUAUAAAUAAUCAUGAACAUGCUUUAAGAUUUGCCCUCUUAUUGGCUGUUUCAGAUACGGUGGAAAAAAGAAUACAAAACAUAAACUCGUUUUUCACCUUCAGCUUGUUCAGUAACGUGUGUCGCAGUCUAUUUGAGAAACAUAAACUCAUGUUCUCCUUCCUGCUUUGUGUGCGAAUCCUCAUGGAGCAAGGACUUAUUAAUAUGGUGAGUGUUUGAGUUCAUGCUCAAAAUGCUUUGGCAAAGUCUCAGCCACAUGGGCUGUAGUCAGUGGCGUACAUACCGCGUUUGCAGGGGUCGCAGCUGUAUGUAUGUGUGUGUGUAUGUAUGUGUCCAUUGGCAGGGGUGUAUGUGUGUGUGUGUGUCUGUAUGUAUGUGUUGGGGGGGGUGCCACGGAUCAGUUUUGCACCGGGGCCCCAUGGAUUGUGUGUAUGCCACUGGCUGUAGUGGUAUCAGCAGUGAGUGGAAUGGAUUUAUAAUAUUGCUGCCUUUAUUACAGUGCAGGAUGGUUAUAGUGCUUUUUAUAAUGGUCCUGGAACUUGGGGUUAAGGGGAACAUAGAGAGAAUUAACAUCUACAGUAGCACGUUGUAUUUCAAACUAUCUUUGCAUUUGAUAUAAUUUACUGUCAGUCUAGAUAGUAUACCCUUGGGUAAAUCUGUAUGACAUACUUAGGCCAAACCUGUAACUCAAACUUAUAAGAGAAUCUUCCAUUAGGGAGAUAAACAGUUAUUUUAAUGAAUUUACAGCUAGGAGUGGCAAACAUGGGGGAGGAGUGGCAAACAUGGGGGAGGAGUGGGAGGCACAAGAAACAUUUGUGGUAUACAAUUUAGAAUUAGUACACUAUAGAUAACAAUGAUAACAUUAUUAUAAUAAAGUAAUAAUCUAGUGGCAAAGGUGAAAGAAUUCUGGUGCAGCAUCUUCUGAAUUUCAAUCUGUACCUUAAAGUAACAGCAUUCAAUUGAAGAGGCUAAUUGCAGAGAUGGUUUGGGAAUUUUCAAUCCAAGAUAUAAUAACACUGUUGUUUUGUCUUACAGGACGAAUGGCGUUUCUUGCUGUCUGGUGGCAUAGCAUCCACACUGGUUGAAAAUCCAUGUCCUGAGUGGCUGCCUGAGCGUGCUUGGAGGGACUUACAAGCUUUAAGUGCACUGAACAACUUCAGCAAAGUCACCGAACAAAUCGCACAACAUAGUGCAGAGUACAGAAUAAUCUGUGACAGCCCGGAGCCACACCGGUAAGAAGAAUAUGAAAUUAGAUUAACAUUUUUUUAAUGGAUGAUAUAGAUAUUUAAUUAGUAAAAUGAUUAUUAAUAAUUCAUAAUUAUAUAUGCAAAAAGAAAAAAAGGUCCUGCUUUUUGUGCAAAGUGUCAGAUAUUACAACCACACUGUUUAGCUCUGCCCUUUCAUUUUGGACCAUAAACAUGUCUUCAGUGCAGUCCAGUUGGGAAGAUCUUUCUAUCUGUCCAACUUGACUGCAUAGCUUUAGUGGGCCCUUGCAGGUCCUGCUGCUUGAACAGGCCACUUACUGCAGCAUGUCCUGUACCUCCUGAUCGUGGCCCUGAUCAAGAGUCAGGAGACAGAAAACUAAACAAAUGUAAUAGUAUUUAACUAAAGGGCUAUGGCCAUUACAACUUUUCAAAGUGACAUACAUUAUAUGAUAUAUAUAAGUAUAUCAAAAGUUAUUUUACAUAGAUAUUUCCCCUGCAAAGCAUGCAUUUAUUCAGAUGAUGAAAGUGACUCAAUGCGAAAACUUAAUUGUAAUCAAUGAACGGGACUAAAACUAAGGGUUCAACAUUGAAUCUGCUGUUUUAAACUCAUCUAAGCAAUUAAUGACCAAGGUUAGCAUGAAGGUAGAAAUGUCACUAUAUUACUUCAGGUUUAUCUACAAGGUGUUGUGUUUAUGUGCCGUUACACAAGUUUUAUUAUUAAAAAAAAAUUCUUCAGUUCCACAAGUCUAGCAUUAGACAUGGUUUUUAAAUUAUUAAAAUAUCUUCUGCUUAUGUGUUACCUUUUAGGGAGCCACUUCCUGGGGAGUUGGGAACAUUUCUGGACUCUUUCCAAAAGUUACUUAUUCUGCGAUGUAUUCGCGGGGACAAACUGACAAAUGCCAUGCAGGACUACGUGUGUCAGCACCUGGGACAGCGGUUCAUAGAACCACAGGUACCAUACAACAUCAACUAAAGUGGGAGGAGCUUGCUACAGAGGAUGUAGAUACUAUGUUGACAUCUGGGGCUGGGCAUAGUUUGGUCCUCCUUCAAGGUGUGGUGGUCAUGGAGUUACUAUGAAUGGAUUGACAACCGCCUGACCCUAGCACAUUAUCAAAUUCAAUUUAAUUUUGAUGCUUAAUUUGGCCCACACAGAAUGGGAAAUCAAUGCAUCUUAUACAAUGUCUAAUAUACCAACCCUAUCCUGGGAAUGUUACAAAGACAAAUGUCUAGAAACAAAUAUAACUUGCAACAAUGUGCACAUAUGAAUUGAAGUAUUAUGCAUAUAUGGAAACCAGAGACUGGCAUACAAAAUGAUGAAUCAGAAAAACAGUGUUGGCAGCAAAGGCCAUUACUGAAAAAUGCAAAUACAAAACAUAAAAACUAACACAUUGCACCCCAGCCCCUUAAAGCACUUUAGCUUACUGAAGGGCAUUGUAUGUGAAGAGUGUGUCUUCUGUUUUUUCAUUUUACAAACAGUGCAGAUUUCAAUAGAAAUUGGCACUUUUAUAAAUUAACCUUGUUACACUCCUCUGGCUGUCAUUUUUAGACAACCAAUCGUUACUUCCUGGUUUCGUUGACCCAGUGGAAUUAAAGUCAAGAAGCAGGCAAUUGCUCAGAGCACACCUGCAUUACACAUACUUCUUAUUGAACUGCAUUGGGAAGUCUGUGAUUGGGCAGUCACAGUCCUUUUGGGCUGGGGAAGAAGGGGAUGGCUUACAAAGGCUGCAGACAAAAGAUCUGCAGCUGUUGCAAGCUGUUUCUAAAUAUACCCCAAUGAUAAAAUGCAUAAUUAAAUGCAUGCCUGUUUUAUUGGAGGUAUAUUUUUAUCUUAUCUUUUCUUGUAUUUGGGCAGUGGAGUGUACCUUUAAGGGGGAACUAAAACUGCUGGAAACUCUUUGUGCACGCAGUGUUUUGUAAACAGCUCUGUGCACAAUGAAUUAAAAACGCAAGGCAAAUACCAGCCUGGAUCCAUUCUUCAGUUCUUCGUGCAUAUCCUAAUGCAUUAAUAUAUAUUUAUUUAAUUUUAGACAGCAGACCUGGGAGCUGUGUACAAUGAAUCGUCUCCUGUCACUCCUCUGAUCUUCAUCCUAUCUCCUGGCACUGACCCAGCUGCAGAUCUCUACAAAUUUUCUGAAGAGAUGAAAUUUUCCAAAAAACUAACAGCAAUAUCAUUGGGACAAGGACAGGUACACUGCUUAAUACUUAUAGAAACUAUCCAACAUAAGUGACAGUGUUGUUUCAUACCUAACCCAAACACAUAUACCUUUUACCAUUAUUAUGACUUCUGCUAGUGCUCAAUGGUCUACUUUCUUAUUCUGCCUGUAGGGUCCUCUAGCUGAAGCAAUGAUGCGCAGCUCAAUGGAACGUGGAAAAUGGGUCUUUUUCCAAAAUUGUCAUCUGGCUCCCAGUUGGAUGCCUUCAUUGGAGAGACUAAUAGAGAGUAUUGACCCAGACAAGGUAUUUUCUUUCUUCACGGCACUCUCGCACCAUCCAUGAUGCCAAAAUGACACACACUGGUUCCUGUGCCAACCUUUUUAUUGUAUUUUCAGGUGCAUCGGGAUUUCCGCCUAUGGUUGACCAGCAUGCCCAGUAACCAGUUUCCAGUGUCCAUUCUGCAGAAUAGUUCAAAACUCACGAUUGAGCCUCCACGUGGAGUAAAGGCCAAUCUGUUGCGUACUUACCUAAGUCUUAGUGAUGCAGAGCUGAAUGAGAGCAGUAAGGUGCAGUUUGGGUUUUGUUUACUUCAACUUACACGAUAAGACUAAUGUAAAAUCUUCUUCCUCCUGGAACUUACCGUAGUGAGCGGUUAUUCCGUAAACUUGGAGAAUUGACAAAUGAUCUGAUAAGUUGGGAAGCUCUGCUGGGGACAGUGGUUCUCAGAACAGUCCCAAGAUAAGCAUAACUCGGUUUUGUUACUGUCCCCAUUCAAACAAUGUUGGUCCUUAAGGAAGAACCAAUAAUGUAAGGAAUGGGUUGUUUCUGUCCAUGCAGCCCUAGACACAUCUCCCCUGGCUGUGACUUACAAUUGUAAUAAAUUGUAACAAUUGUAAUAAAAAUAUAUUUUAUUUUUUCUAAAAAAAAGUAAGUAUAAACAGAAAACAAAAUAAAAAUAGAAACAAUAAUGUACAAUGGAAGACAGUGUGUGUUUCAGCAAAACCCUCUGCCUUUCCUUUGUCGAGGGAAAUAACACUCUCAGGCUUAUUUGCUAAAGUGAGAAUUAUGGGGAAUUCAGAGUGAAAUUAAAAUUUAAGGACAAAAUAGCCAAACUGGAAAAAUUCUCCAAGUCAGCUAUGCUUGCAGUUUGGCUAUCUUGGCCUUAUAUGUGAAAUUCAUUGUGAAUUUCUGGCCAUUCUCACUGUAGUGAAUAACCCUGCAAUGCCUGUAUAAAAGCAGAGGGUUUUGCCAUAUUGUCUCUGUACUCCCAUUGUAAGUUUAUUACUUGUCUUCAUUUUUCUUUUCCAUUUCUGCUUUCAAAACGUUAAACCGUAAACUUGGUAUUCAUUGAUUUUGGUGCUUAUUGUAAAAAUAUAAUUUUAUUUCUGUUCUAGUGUGUAGCUCUGUUGUUUUUUGUUUUCAAAUAAAAAUAGGAGCCAUUGCAGGAUUUUCUUUACAGUUAUAAAUUCGAAACUAGGUUAGGCAAUAGACUUUUUCCAGAACCAAACAGAACUUGUAGGGGUCAUGCAGAUUCAGAAGAUGCAUACUAAUCCUAUUACAAUAUGUGAGAGGAUUAGGGCUUUAGUAUAGUGAAUAAACAGGCUAACGGCAAUAUGAUUUUUCAGUCUUAUCAUAUAUUUAUGGCUCUCAACCAACAGGCUCCUCAGUAUAAGACCCUACUGCUGUCUCUCUGCCUCUUCCACGGAAGCACAUUAGAAAGAAGAAAGUUUGGACCAUUAGGAUUCAACAUACCUUAUGAAUUCACAGAUGGAGAUCUCAGAAUUUGCAUCUCUCAGCUCCGGAUGUUCCUUGAGGAGUAUACAGACAUUCCAUAUAAGGUAUCAAUGUCAGGCAUUGAAUGUAAGAAUACUAUGCUGAUCAUAAGUAUGGCAGGUUGUAGCAAAACAAACAGGAGAACACAUAUACCAGCAUAAAUAUCUUGACCAUUAAAGCAGAUCUGUCACUUCGGGGUUCUUUGCAUAGUUCACAAAGACCACCUAAACUGACAGUUCUAAUGUUGGCCAGUGUGUAGACGAGAAGUUUUACUUAACUUACAUCAGUUUAGUCCCUGGCAGCCUCCGUCAUCUUCGUCCUGCUGUCUUCUUCAGCUCCUGGUGCUUCAGUUGCCAAAAGCUAUGCAAGUGUUGUACUCUUGCACAUACUUGAGACCUGUCCAUAGACAGAACCUGAAUCCCACAACUGUCAUUUGUGAUCGCUGCUCGGACUGGACAAAAGUUGAUGACGGAGCUCAACUUUUGUCAACCUUUACCAGAAGACAAAGCAGUCCUUACUUUGUCUUAUAUCAUCUUGAGAUUGUGUUGGAAUUUCAAUGAAAUUCCAACACAGUCUUGAUCAAUGUUUUAUAAAGAAAAUAUAAUUAUUAAAUAUUGAAAAUUGACAGAUCCACUUUAAGCAAACAAGUAAGGGUGCACUAGUCUGUGGCCAUUAAGGUAGAUCCUGAUUUUUCUCUUAUCCUAAAAGGUCCUACGUUACACUGCUGGAGAAAUUAACUACGGUGGACGCGUCACUGAUGACUGGGAUCGACGUUGUCUCCUGAGUAUUUUGCAGGACUUCUAUCAGCCACCAGUUCUAAAAGAAGAACACAAGUUCUCAGAGUCUGGAGUGUAUCAUCAAAUAGACCCAACACAUGACUUGAAUGUGAGAACCAUAGACCAGUACAUUAUUUCACAUACAACUUUGUCAGUCUAUUUGUUUACUUUACCCAUAGUUAUACCUGUUACUAUGACAGUCUGAGUAUGUUAUGUCACUGGAGGGUUUAAAUUUAUUAUAGAAAUUCAAAGUUUUUAUUUUUGGUGUUUCAGGGUUAUCUACAGUACGUCCGUUCACUUCCACUUAACGAUAUGACAGAACUGUUUGGACUCCAUGAUAAUGCCAACAUUACAUUUGCUCAGAAUGAAAGCUUUGCUUUACUUGGCUCACUUGUGAAAUUACAGCCCAGAGCACAGGCCGCCGGUGGGAGCCGUGAUGAGGUCAGUUGGGAAGAAAGUCUUUGGGGUUUGCAUGGGAAUGUGACAGGGUUUGUCUAACUCUAAACAACCAUUCAUGCAUGACAUUCUCCAAUAGAUGGUGGAGGAGAUUGCAGGAGGCAUCCUGCAGAAAGUCCCCAAACCCAUUCCUGUGCAGGAAGUUAUUUUAAAGUACCCGGUUAUGUAUCAGGAAUCUAUGAAUACUGUAUUGGUUCAAGAGGUUACGAGGUAAGCAUGCAAGAGAAAUGAGAUGGCUUUUGCACGACUGUAAGAUUUGUUUACACAUUGUCUUCAUCUCUUCAGGUACAAUCGCCUCCUGUCCACACUCUCACAGACACUGAGUGACUUGUUAAAAGCUAUGAAAGGUCUAGUCGUCAUGUCUUCUCAACUGGAGCUCAUGGCAAACAGUCUCUAUAACAACUUUGUGCCACAAAUCUGGAGCUCAAAGGUAAGCACAGACCAGUCCACUCUGCCAACCAAAGCUUCACCAUGAAAAGUAUGGGACAGUUUCAGCUCUUCAUCUGUGGUAUAUUGCUGCCACAGAUGAAAAGCUUUGAUUUUCAAAGUGUUUAGAGGGAUAUUCUGAACUAAAAAUAAACAUUGCCGUUUCUCGGAAACAGCAGUGUUUUACAUUGCCAGAGAAAAGUGACAGCAUCCGUGUACCAAAACCAGUACAGGAAGAGUGUCACUUUUAAAUAUCAAUGUACUUUUCAGGGCAAAACAAUUUGCUUUUAAAUAAAAAAAAAAAAAAAAAUGUCAUCUAUAUGUGCGUAAAUAGCCAACUACCUAAUAGCAAUACCUUUAUUGAUCCUUGUGUAAAACAACUCUAUAACUUAUUAAAAUGGUGAGAAUUGUGUAUACAAGGGUUGAGGUAUGGAAUCAUCCCUCUGCCUCCUAGUUAUACAGUUAUUGGGACUGAAGGAGUUAAUAAGUGCACUGAUUUGCUGCACAUUUCAACUUUUACUUGUGUUGUUAAUUUUCUUUUCUUCAUUUAUAUCACAGUGUGAGAUAUUUGUUGUAAUAAUUCUCUUUUCCAUAGGCAUAUCCAUCUCUAAAACCUCUGGCCUCCUGGGUCCUAGAUUUACUGCAGCGGAUAGAGUUCCUCCAGAAAUGGAUCUCUGAUGGUAUACCUGCCGUGUUUUGGAUCAGUGGGUUGUUUUUUCCACAGGCAUUCCUAACUGGUACUUUGCAGAAUUUUGCCCGGAAACAUGUCGUUUCCAUUGACACAAUCUCCUUUGAAUUUAAGGUGAGAGGCACUCCUGUAGCAAGAGUUUAUGUUCCUCAUACUGAACUUUUUCUUUAUAAAUGAAGUCCGUGUUCUAGCUUCAAGGGACAUCCCAGACACCUAAAGCACUUGAGCUAACUGAAGUGCAUUAGGGAUUUGAGUCGGUCAUAUGUGACAAAAUUUGCCACUUUUAAAUAAAUGUCACAGAAAUGCCAUCCAAGCCUCGGAUUGGUUUAUUCACCAGCACAUAAUGAAAGUCUGCGUCAAGAAGAGAAUGGAGGGCUUUCAAAGGCUGCAGAGCAGUUCUGUAGCUUUUGCAAACUGAUUUUUCAAAUAUUCCAGAGAAAACAUGUAGGAAAAAUACAUGCAUGUAUUCUUGAGGGUACUUGUGUAUAACAUAUAUUCAAUGCACUGAAUGGUGUCUAUUCACAGUGAUACCAGUAAGCUGUACUGAGGUCACUAAAAUAGUAACACUUUCCGUAUUGUUGCAUUGAAUAUAUGUUCUAUGGCAAGCCUUUGCAACAAUACGGAAAGUGUUACAACUUUAGAGAUACAUCAUUAUACACGGAGAUUAUCAAUGCAUAAUAUCAUACCAAUUUCUGGAAAUUGUAUAACUGGCAGUUGCCCUAUUAAGCCAACCACCACAUAGGAUACAUUUUGGCUCUAUCUUGUUGAGUCCCUAAAAAAGACUCAGUGGACAGUUUGAGUCCUGCACCAGUCAGUUAUUAUUGAGGAUAUAUCUACGUAAUUGUUCAAAAUAAAGUGUUCCUUUUAGUCUGCCCUUAAGUGAGCAACUGUCCUUUGUGUCUCAAAGGUUCUCAAGGAGUCAGUUAUAGAGCUGAAACAGCGCCCAGCUGAAGGCUGCUAUAUUCAUGGCUUAUAUCUGGAAGGAGCACGGUGGGAUAAAUCAACAAUGAUGUUGGCAGAGUCCCAUCCCAAAGAGCUUUACACAGAGAUGGCAGUCAUAUGGCUAGUCCCCAUUCCUGACCGUAAACCUAUAACAUCUUCAAUAUAUCUGUGCCCCAUUUACAAGACUCUAACCCGAGCAGGUGAGAUGGUCAUGACAGCUCUCCCAUGUUUUGUGCUUGAUGAGACCUGCAUAGUAUAAUGCCUUCACAACAAUCUCUUUUAUUACAGGAACACUUUCUACUACGGGGCAUUCCACCAACUACGUUAUUGCUGUUGAACUUCCCAGCAGCAAGUCUCAAACCCACUGGAUAAAACGUGGAGUUGCACUUAUCUGUGCCCUGGAUUAUUAACUGUACAUUUUAGUCUAUUAUUAAUAAUUAAUUUAUGGAAUUUGUCUACUUUGGAGUUGAUGGUUGGAUGAAAAUCCACAAAGAAACCAAUCCCUAAGUUCAUUACAAUAGACAUGCCUGUUACCACAUCUGGCACCUUGGAUCCUGUUGAGAUAAAUUCUUAAACCUAAGAUCGAAGGAAAACUUAUCAAUUUUAUUUAUAUUUUGAGGCACAUACAUUCUAUUCUAGCCUUUUCUUUAAUGAUUUAUAUUGGGUUUAUCUGAAUUUUUUUCUGACACUUUCUCCUGCCUGCACAGUCAUUUUGUGUGAUUUUGAGUCAGAAACAACCCUUUUCCAAUUCAAGAUCACUCUCACCUGCCAGUCUGUUGUGUAUUAAGAGAGCAGUGCACAAUGCUUCUCACCUCUACAUGUCACACAGUUUCAGAACAGAGGAAUAUUGAAGCGGGCUGUGAAAACGGUCAAGCUGUGCACAGCUUUGGGAACAAGCAGGCAAGAGUGACUUUGGUUCUAAAUGGUUAAUUCUGACCCAUGCUUACUCAAUGUCUCGGCAGACAAUGACAAGAACAUUCUAAUGAAAAUUCAGCACAUAUUAAAGAAAAAGAAGCAUAAACUAAAAGUGUGCCUCAAUCACAAAAAUAAAAGUCUGUUAACAGAUGGCUCUAACAAGCUUUUCAGUUUGUCAUCUUGUCUUACUUGUAGUGAAGUUUAAUUGCGUCAUUGGUUACAAAAAUUUUGAUCUAACCUGCACCAUAAAGAGUUGAGAACCAGAUUUAAACAAGAGAACAUACAACCUUAUGCAUACAAAAGUAUCUAUUAUCUAUAUUACAACAACGCUGGUGAAGUGUAUCUUUGUGGUUUUGUGCACAAAGCAAAGUCACAGAUCUUUAAUGUAUCAUGUAAUCAACUCUACUAUGUUGCACAUGCACAACACACUACAAGACAAUACUGUUUUACAGUGUUUAUUAUGUCAAGACAAGUUGUAAGUUUAAAUAGUGCCAUGGUGUGUUCCUCAAGGCAAUAUGAAAUUCAGGACAAUUAAAGGGAAAAGUCAGUUUUAACUUACAGUCAUUAAGAUGGGACCCGCCCACAGUGCAAAACUAGCAAUGGUGAUCUAGACUUAGCAGACACCCAGCACCAAUAACAGAACAUAACAUCUGUCUCUAGAUGGGCAUUACCAGGUCACAAGAACUGGCAAUACAGAAUAAAUAGGAGUAAAUCCUGCAAGGCGAGUUCACAUGAUGCAAGAGGGAAAGGGCAUAUAUAAUCCACUGUAUGACAUAGAACAUGUAUUCAGGUAUGUAUAAGGGGGUAUAAAAACUGGUAUUUAUGUACAUCAUAUACAUUGGCAAGGGGAUAACCUCACUAUUUAUAAAACUGUAUGAAGGCAGGAAUAACCUAUAUACCGUAUUACAGAGUUGGGGAAACCUUCAAAUAUAUAAAUAACACAUUUAUUGGCGCUUAGCCUUAUAAGGUCGUGAUCGUUUGCGUCUGUCUGGCUUCCUUUGCUUGUGCAGGCGCCCAAUGCUGACUCCCUGUCGUCUCCUUACGGAAAUGUUCUGUUCCACAAGACUCGCCAACAUUCCUACAGAAAAAGAACAGAUAUAAAUAUAUAUUACAACUGCAACACAUGUCCUGCAAGUUCCUUACUUUGUAUGAUUCACUCACCUUCUUGAG